GAGCUCAGACAGAGAGCAGCUUGUACAGCGCUGCAACGGGGGGAGAGACUGCCUGUACACGGGGGGAGAGACUGGCAGAGCCCGGAAACAUGAGACUGGCAGAGCCCGGGAUGAUGAGGAUGGCAGAGCCCGGGAUGAUGAGGAUGGCAGUGCCCGGGAUGAUGAGGAUGGCAGUGCCCUGGAGGCUGGCAUUAUUGGUGUUGGUGCUCUGGCCAGGCACAGUCUGUGCCCAGGAGUUGCCCACUAAUGGAGUGAAUGGGUACAGCCUGCACCCUCCAUACUUCAACCUGGCAGAGGGCACCAAGAUCUCGGCCACUGCCACCUGCGGAGAGGGCGAGGCUGGCAGAGCCAUGGAGGAGCUUUACUGCAAGCUGGUGGGGGGACCAGUGUCAGGGGACCCCAGCCAGACCAUCCAGGUACCCAGACUAGGGCGAGUGGGGGGGUGGGGGGGGGCACAACGUAUUGGUGGGCACUACCUAAAUCUUGGGUCACACUAACAAAAUCUGGGGUCACACUUCCUAAACCUUGGGUCAAUGGAGGGUCAUACUACCUAAAUCUGGGGUCACACUUCCUAAACCUUGGGUCAAUGGAGGGUCAUACUACCUAAAUCUGGGGUCACACUAACAAAAUCUGGGAUCAAUGGAGGGUCAUACUACCUAAAUCUGGGGUCACACUUCCUAAACCUUGGGUCAAUGGAGGGUCAUCCUACCUAAAUCUGGGGUCACACUUCCUAAACCUUGGGUCAAUGGAGGGUCAUACUACCUAAAUCUGGGGUCACACUUCCUAAACCUUGGGUCAAUGGAGGGUUAUACUACCUAAAUCUGGGGUCACACUAACAAAAUCGGGGGUCAAUGUUGGGUCAUACUACCUAAAUCUGGGGUCACACCUAUUAAACCCCUGGUCACAGGAUGGUUACACUACCUAAACAAGGGGGUCACACCUAUUAAACCCCUGGUCACAGGUUGGGCAACCUGCCUAAAUCUUGGAUCACACUACCUAACCUGUGAAUCACUGGAAGGUCAUACAAACUAACACAAUCUGAAGUUAUACUAACAAAAAAUUGGGGGCACACUAACUAAACUUCGAGCCAUACUACUUUAACCCAGCGUCACACUACCUAAACUAAGGGUCACUGGAGGGUCACACUACCCAAAUCUGGGUUCAUACUAGCAAAAUCUGGGGUCACAUUACCUAAAUCUGGGGUCACACUAACACAAGCUGAUGUUACACUAACAAAAAUGAGGGUCACUUUACCUAAAUCCAGGGUCACUGGAGGGUCCCACUGCCUAAAUCUUUGGUGACAUUACAAACCUGGGGUCACAUUAUCUAAAUCUGGGUUCUCUGGAGGAUCACGCUACCUGAACCCGGGAACACAGGUGAUGGCAUUACCUAGCCAUGGGGUCACUGGAGGAUUCUGUUAACUAAAACUGGGGUCACACUAUCUGAAUCAGCAGUUAUUGGGGGAGUGAGGGGUGUCACACUACCUAAACCUGAAGUGAUAAGGGUUUACACUACGUAAUGAUGUCUCCAUACCUGAACCUAGAGUUACACAACCUAAUUCUGGGUUCACUGCGGGGUCCACACUACCUAAGCCUAGAGUCACUAGGAGAAUUACAACACAUAAAACUGGGGUCACUGGGUGGCCACGGUACCUAAACCUGGUGUCAUACUACCUAAACAUUGGUGUUUACAAAACAACUAUAAAUUUGGGGUAGCCAUGCUAUUUAGAAUUAUGGGUGUGCAGACCGUAAUAUUCCUGUUUGUGGCAUUACAUGGUUGCAUUUUCUUGGGGGUGCAUGGCUGUGAGUAUGGUGGCAUUGGCUGGUGGUUAAGGCUUUGAUUUCUUAAGAAGUAUUUUGAUAUUACGUAGUGUGGGCAUAGCUAUUCUGGCGCUGCACAACAGUUAUAUAACAUAAAUCGUGUCUAUGGGAACAUGGGCGAGGGGGGGGGUCUGGAAAAUACCUGAGCCAACCACUAUCCAUCUGUACCCCAAUAUAAUCCCACUAGGUAUAGUUUAGAAUUGGGAGUCUAGUUACACGCCUGUUGUUUCUUUAUGUUAGACACACAGGGCUAUUCGCUAAAACACUUUUAAAGCAAAAUACUCAAAUUGGAGGGAUAUAUUCCCAGUUCUAUUUUGGAUUUAAAUGUGAAAUUCACUUUGAGUUCCAAGCAAUUCCUUCUAUAGUGAGCAGCUCUGUCAGGUUCAAGAUUCAUUUAAUGCAGGUGAACAGGAUAUGUAACCAAUUUAAGAUUGCCUCAUAAAGCCCUGCUUUAAAAUAGGUGUGUUACUUAUAAAGCACCAUCACUGGAGAGUGGAAGAUCGAGGGAUUUUAAUCACUAAAAAAUUCUCAAAAUAGGACAAAUGAUUAAUAUUGCCAAAAGAAAACAAAAAAACCUAUAUAUUUGAAUGAUUUGCUUAAUUUAAAAAAAAAAGAAUUGUGAAAACGCUUCAAUUACACAGCAAAACGUCAUUCUGACGGUGGCGGAAAGAAUUGCCAGUCACGCUACUAUUCGGACAAAAAAAAGAAAAGAUGCUGUACAAGGCUGUCAGGAAGGGCGCAGACAAUGCAAAAUAUUUACCCAAAAUGAAAAUGCGUCAAAGUUUUGGUGUGGAAGAAGCUGCAUCACUGUUAACGCAUAACCCCAUUUUAGUGUAAUUUCACAUGGUUUUUAUUUUCUUCUAAUCACCUGGAAGGCUUAACCCUUUCCACCCUGUCACUGGUGUAUUUGGGGUUUCUCUUACUCGAGUCCUUAAAGGUGAUGGGGUUGUGGUAAUGAGAAUGAUUUUAAUCUCAUUUUAUUUCUCACUUUUACAGACUAUUCAUUAGAAGUUCUCACUUCUGCGCCCCGUGUCCUGGAUCAGUUUUAAUGAUACCAGUAGAUGAGGAAGGGUAGAUGGAGUCAGGUCGAGUCCUGAAAAAUAUUGAUAAACAUUUAACAUGUUCACUAGCCCUUGGACACAUGUUUUUCUCUGCGUUGGGCAGGGAAUGAAAAGAGCUGCCCCAGGGCAUGUAAUCUGCUGGAGGAGGGAAUUAAUUUAUCUAGAAGGGAUCAAUAAGAACAGAAUAUGAAUCCUACAUACUACAGGGCAUCAAGCUAAGCUGGAUCUGGUAACCCUGCAUGCCAACCCUGGACAAAACCCAAAAACAUAUCGGGAAACUUUUGGGCCAAAAUAGACAAUACAGGCAUGAUCAGCCCUAGAUUCAGCCUCGUUCAGUUGACCCCUAUUCUGUGUGGUCAGGAGCUGUUUGAAUGACAGGCGUAGUGAUGGGUGGCGGUCGCCCCUGUUUGGGUUUCCCCUGCAGGCCCUGGUGUCGGUGAUUUUGCUAAUGAUCUCUUUGAAUGCUUAUCUGCUCUCCCUUUGAAGUCUGAGAGGAAAGUGGGUGCCUUUAAAGCUGCAGUAUCUAAUCAUGGUGUGGGUGCGGGCAUCUAAUGGAUAUUUUGUGAUGUUUUCUUAAUUGGUGGGGGAUCUCACCGCAGCAUGCUUGAGUUACGGUAUACGAGCUAGGAUAAUAUGUAGAUAACAAAGGACUACAUAGGCAUGCUUUCCUGGACAGAGAUCACGUGUACAUGAAAAGUGAUGCCUUGUGAUUUGGGGAGAUUCUGACGCUGCGAUAUUUGUAGACUUUAUAAAUGCAAUAUUCAAUUUCUACACACAGCGCGUCCUUGCUGUCUAUAAUACUCGCAUUACGUAUAACGUCUCCCAGAGCGCCCUAUAACAGCUCCCUACAACUUCUCCCAGUACGCCAUGUAACAGCUCCCUAUAACUCCUCCCAGUGCGCCAUGUAACAGAUCCCUAUAACUCCUCCCAGUACUCCAUGCAACAGCUCCCUAUAACUCCUCCCAGUGCGCCAGGUAACAGAUCCCUAUAACUCCUCCCAGUACUCCAUGUAACAGCUCCCUAUAACUCCUCCCAGUACGCCAUGUAAAAGCUCCCUAUAACUCCUCCCAGUACUCCAUGUAACAGAUCCCUAUAACUCCUCCCAGUACGCCAUGUAACAGAUCCCUAUAACUCCUCCCAGUACGCCAUGUAACAGAUCCCUAUAACUCCUCCCAGUACACCAUAUAACAGCUCCCUACAACUCCUCCCAGUACGCCAUGUAACAGAUCCCUAUAACUCCUCCCAGUACUCCAUGUAACAGAUCCCUAUAACUCCUCCCAGUACGCCAUGUAACAGAUCCCUAUAACUCCUCCCAGUACUCCAUGUAACAGAUCCCUAUAACUCCUCCCAGUACUCCAUGUAACAGAUCCCUACAACUCCUCCCAGUCCGCCAUGUAACAGAUCCCUAUAACUCCUCCCAGUACUCCAUGUAACAGCUCCCUAUAACUCCUCCCAGUGCGCCAGGUAACAGAUCCCUAUAACUCCUCCCAGUACUCCAUGUAACAGCUCCCUAUAACUCCUCCCAGUACGCCAUGUAACAGCUCCCUAUAACUCCUCCCAGUACUCCAUGUAACAGAUCCCUAUAACUCCUCCCAGUACGCCAUGUAACAGAUCCCUAUAACUCCUCCCAGUACUCCAUGUAACAUAUCCCUAUAACUCCUCCCAGUACGCCAUAUAACAGAUCCCUAUAACUCCUCCCAGUACGCCAUAUAACAUAUCCCUAUAACUCCUCCCAGUACUCCAUGUAACAGAUCCUCUCUAUAACCUCCCAGUACCCACAUGUAACAGAUCCUCUAGCCAAUUCUCCCAGUCCGCCAUGUAUCAGCUCCCUGAAAACUCCUUCCAGAGCAACAUGUAACAGCUCCCUAUAACUCCUCCUAGUACGCCAUGUAACAGAUCCCUAUAACUCCUCCCAGUACGCCAUGUAACAGCUCCCUAUAACUCCUCCCAGUACGCCAUGUAUCAGCUCCCUAUAACUCCUCCUAGUACGCCAUGUAACUCCUUCCAUAACUCCUCCUAGUACGCCAUGUAACAGAUCCCUAUAACUCCUCCCAGUACUCCAUGUAACAGCUCCCUAUAACUCCUCCUAGUACGCCAUGUAACUCCUUCCAUAACUCCUCCUAGUACGCCAUGUAACAGCUCCCUAAAACUUCUCCCACAGCGUUGUGAAAUAGCUCCCUAUAACACCGCCUAACACACCAUGUAACCCCCUCCAUUACUCCUUCCAGAGCGCCAUAUAACAGCUCCCUACAACUCCUCCCAGUACGCCAUGUAACAGAUCCCUAUAACUCCUCCCAGUACUCCAUGUAACAUAUCCCUAUAACUCCUCCCAGUACGCCAUAUAACAGAUCCCUAUAACUCCUCCCAGUACGCCAUAUAACAUAUCCCUAUAACUCCUCCCAGUACUCCAUGUAACAGAUCCCUACAACUCCUCCCAGUCCGCCAUGUAUCAGCUCCCUGAAAACUCCUUCCAGAGCAACAUGUAACAGCUCCCUAUAACUCCUCCUAGUACGCCAUGUAACAGAUCCCUAUAACUCCUCCCAGUACGCCAUGUAACAGCUCCCUAUAACUCCUCCCAGUACGCCAUGUAACAGAUCCCUAUAACUCCUCCCAGUACUCCAUGUAACAGCUCCCUAUAACUCCUCCUAGUACGCCAUGUAACUCCUUCCAUAACUCCUCCUAGUACGCCAUGUAACAGCUCCCUAAAACUUCUCCCACAGCGUUGUGAAAUAGCUCCCUAUAACACCGCCUAACACACCAUGUAACCCCCUCCAUUACUCCUUCCAGAGCGCCAUAUAACACCUCCCUAUAACUCCUCCUACAGAUCAUAUAUCUCCACUAGUACGCCUUGUGAGCCCCCCAUAACUCCUCCCAGAGCGCUGUGUAGCCCUAUUUCUGUAUGUUGUGUUAACUGACCGUUCUGAUUCUGGUUUUCUAGGGGCAAUACUGUGACGUUUGCAUGGCCAGCAAUAGAGAAAAGGCACACCCAAUUACCAACGCCAUCGAUGGGACAGAACGCUGGUGGCAGAGCCCCCCACUAUCCCGAGGAUUGGAGUUAAAUGAAGUCAAUGUCACUCUGGAUCUCGGCCAGGUUUGUGUCACUUUUAAUUCGAUGCGUCCCCUGGGGUUUUAUUCUGUCUAGAUCCUCUAUGAUGUAUUUCAGGACCUCCUCAAUCAUCUGAUGUUGUAAACAGCUGGUUACUUGACCUGUCAGACAUGUCUUCCUCCAGGGUUAAUGGGGGUCCCCACACCUGUUUUGGGGUUCCUGUGGAUUUAUAUUAUCUCCUAUUUCUGGGUUGCAUUAAAAUGACUCCAUUUUGCUGUGUCCCAUAUGACAUUGCGGGGAGGGAGAUGUCACCUUUCACAUAGCGAGAGCCUCACCCAGGGAUAAUGGCGGUGACAGUCUGCCUCGGGGUAGUGUGAGUAGAUAGUUAUAGUUCAUGGGGUGGUGGAAUAACCCUUACAAAGUUUGUUACAUUAUACGGGGCGAUAACAAGAUAUUUGUGGUGCAGAUAUCAAGCCUUCGUAUGAAAGACAUGGACAGGAAGGUUUUUGGGGUAACAUGGAGAGAGACAGCCAUUUUUGGGGGGGAGGAAUGGGAACAAGCUGCUCUCAGCUUGACUAACAUUGCUGACUGUUUGUCUUUGGCUGCAGUGGAGGAGGAGGAGAGACGGGCAUUUAAUUGUGUUUUAUUGUCCGCUCAGAGCCCCCUCCCCCAACACACGUUCAGGACAUUAAAAGCCAGUUAAGUUCCCAGGCUCCAACUCUGCCACUCAGGGCUGGCUCAGGCCUAGCGCUCUCCGAGAAGUGACCCGUGUGCCCGCUGUGUCGCUCGGCUGGGCAUCGGCUCUCUCUGCAGACACCCACUCACAACCUGCUCCUUGAUUUAAUUAUUCUUUAUAGUUAGUUAUUUUUGUGUGCGUGAUAACUGUGUGAUUAAACCUGGAUGCACAUUAUAAAACAAUCCAAAUAUGACAGCUACUGGUUUUUGUUUUCCUCAUAAUUUAAGAAACAGAGUUUGGAGAUACAUUAUUUUCAUUCUGUGAACUCUCCCUCCCACCACCCCAAAAAAAACAAAAACAAAGGGGAGAUUGUACCCCAAAACUCUUUAAAAUCAGUGUUAAUCUCUAAAGUGAGAAUUUCAACUGAAUUCAAAGUGAAUUUCACGUUUACGGUCAAAGUAGCCGUACUGAAAGCACAGUUUACUGAAUGUCCAGUUUGUAUAGUUUGAACUUAAAUGUAAAAUUCACUUUGAGUCACUGUGAAUUCUCCCUUUAGUACAUAAGACUGUUCGAUAUCACAUACUGUCUGCCAGCGACUUAAAAUAAGGGGAAAAAAAAUCAAAACCUGCGUCUCUCCGUGCGUGUAAAUGGUUUUUAUAAUAUGUAUAUUCUCUUUAAAUUUGUGCUAUGUUAGAAUAUAUACAUAGCCCGGGGAUUUUCACGCCGCCUUUUAGAAUGCAUUUUAUUUGUGUUUCUCCACCGUGCAGUUAUAACUAGACCUAACACCUUAUGUGAUUUCAUAUUUAAGACCAGAGUAGCCAAUAUAAGAGCAUAGCUGAUUUAGAGAAUUUUACCAGUUUGACUAUUUUUGUCUUUAGAUUGUAAAUCCACUUUGAGAUCUCACUUGAGGGUGAAUAACCCUGAGUUUCUCUGAGGCUCUGUAUCGACGUGCGGAGAUAGUGAAAAGGACUCCAAUCCAUGGACUACCUCUCCCAGAACGCUCUGCCAGCCAGUAUACAUGCAGGCAGACGUUAUCCGGUUCUGGAGCGUUUUUGUCCUGAAUUUAUUUGUGCGCAUGCUCUGUUUGUAUUUAAUUUUUGCAGGGAUGGAAAAAGAAUAUAUAGACUCCUAGCUCUUUGAAAACUACAAUUCCCUUGAUCCUUUGCAAAGCUCAAGGUUGGUAACAAUCAAGGCUGGUAUCAAUGGAAUUGUAAAUCUAUAAAUAUAAAACCAGCUUGGAUCUACUAUUAGAGCACUCCUGUUCGACUGGCGUCCACUAUGUGUGUUGCUGUCUCUUUAAAUCCAGACUGCUUAUAAUUACACACCUGUUAAUGUGAUGCAGUACUCCCCUGGCAGUAAGAGGGGGUUACACCAUCUAAGCACGUACUCCCACCGCUAGCCGUUACUGUACGAGUUAUCUCUGGGUCAUACUGACCCCAAUGGGCUGGAAUUCAGGGAAUGUAAGCUCGCUCAGCAACUAUGUAUUUCCUUGUCUAACUUGUGAUUUUUAGGAAAAUCCCUGAAUUUACACUAAUUGCACUGUUUAGAAAGACCGUGCAAUGUUUUUCCUCGCAAGCCUUUUCUAUGAUAAUAAAGUGUGUUGUGUGCGUAUUGCUGGUUACAGUUAAUACUGACUUUAUUCAGUUUUGUACAAACCACGACAUUCCCAUAUUAAUCCGGACGUCUGGUGUCUUGUGAUAGUAGCACCUGCACAGGAUCCGCCGUACCUUUUGUAUAAACAUGAUUACCGUCCAUAAAACCACACGGCGUGGCUCAGGCUUCAUAGGAGACACUCAGAUUAUACUUUAUAAUCUACUAACCUCUCUGUGACAGUCAGGAGGAAUAAACUGAGCCCUGCCUUUCCAUUUCUACCUCUGUGUGUGGUGUCUGUUUUUGUGUCUGUCUCCCUAUCUCUCUGUGCACUGUCUCUGCGUGUGUCUGUCUCCCUAGCUCUCUGUGCACUGUCUCUGCGUGUGUCUGUCUCCCUGUAUGUCUGUGCAGUGUCUCUUUGUGUGUCUGUCUCCCUGUCUGUUUGUGCACUCUUUGUGUGUCUGUCUCCAUAUCUGUCUGUGCGCUGUCUCUCUAUCAAUGUUUCAUUCUGUCUAUUUUUUUCUCUGUCUGUCUAUCUUAGUGUCUGUCUUCCUGUCUGAGUGCUUUCUGUCUUUGUGCCUGUCUCUGUCUUUUGAACUCUGUCUUCUUGUGUUCCGUAUCUCUGUCUGUCUACCUGUCUGUCUUUGUCUGUCUCUCUGUCUUUGAGCCAUCUGUCUCCCAGUCUGUGAUUCUCUUUCUCUGUCCAUCUGUCUCCUUGUCUGUCCAGCAGCUUGUCCUGUUUUAUAAUCUGUCUGUCUGUCUGUCCGGCAGCGAAUCCCGUGUUAUAAUCUGUCUGUCUGUGUCUGUCUGUCCGGCAGCGAAUCCCGUGUUAUAAUGUCUGUCUGUCCAGCAGUGUGUCCCGUGUUAUAAUCUGUCUGUCUGUCUGUCUGUCUGUCCAGCAGUGUGUCCCGUGUUAUAAUCUGUCUGUCUGUCUCUCUGUCUGUCCAGCAGUGUGUCCCGUGUUAUAAUCUGUCUGUCUGUCUCUCUGUCUGUCCGUCAGUGUGUCCCGUGCUAUAAUCUGUCUGUCUCCCUGUCUGUGUGUCAGUGUGUCCCGUGUUAUAAACUGUCUGUCUGUCUCCCUGUCUGUCCGUCAGUGUGUCCCGUGCUAUAAUCUGUCUGUCUGUCUGUCUGUCUCUGUCUGUCCGUCAGUGUAUCCCGUGCUAUAAUCUGUCUGUCUGUCUGUCUCUGUCUGUCCGUCAGUGUGUCCAGUGUUAUAAUCUGUCUGUCUCUCUGUCUGUCCGUCAGUGUGUCCCGUGCUAUAAUCUGUUUGUCUGUCUCUCUGUCUCUCCGUCAGUGUGUCCCGUGCUAUAAUCUGUCUGUCUGUCUCUCUGUCUGUCCGUCAGUGUGUCCCGUGUUAUAAUCUGUCUGUUUGUCUCUUUGUCUGUCCGGCAGCGAAUCCCGUGUUAUAAUCUGUCUCUGUCUCUCUGUCUGUCCGGCAGCGAAUCCCGUGUUAUAAUCUGUCUCUCUGUCUGUCCAUCAGUGUGUCCCGUGUUAUAAUCUGUCUGUCUGUCUGUCUCUCUGUCUGUCCCGCAGCGAAUCCCGUGUUAUAAUCUGUCUGUCUGUCUCUCUGUCUGUCCGUCAGUGUGUCCCGUGCUAUAAUCUGUCUGUCUCUCUGUCUGUCCGUCAGUGUGUCCCGUGUUAUAAUCUGUCUGUCUGUCUCUCUGUCCGUCAGUGUGUCCCGUGCUAUAAUCUGUCUGUCUAUCUCUCUGUCUGUCCGUCAGUGUGUCCCGUGUUAUAAUCUGUCUGUCUGUCUCUCUGUCAGUCCGUCAGUGUGUCCCGUGCUAUAAUCCAGCUAUCCUGCCAUUAGGAAUGCUUUGUUUGUGUCCUGGAAUAUGUGUGGAAUUCCACUUAUCCUGGGAUCAGUCUGUACCUGUACCGUCUUCCUGUCCACCAUUUCUUACAAUAAGAGGCCUCUACCUCGCUUUCAUUAACAAACCCAGCAUUGUUAUACUCCCCCGCAUUAACUCUUUCAUUGAAACUUUUCCUAAAAUAACAUGUGAGCUUCACAAUCAUAUUGUUUUGUGUUGAUUUAAUUUGUACGAACCUAUAAUUAGUGAGUGUUUUAUAACUGCCAGCGCAUGUUGUAUCCUCAUACAUUAUAUUGCAGAGCACUUUGCCUUAUGCUAAAUCAGUUGUUUGCAGAGCACUUUGCAUUGUUAUAAUAUUAGGUUGCAGAGCACUUUGCAUUAUGUUGCAGAACACUUUUUAUUAUAUCAGUAGAUUGCAGAACAUUUUGCAUUGUUAAAUCAAUAGGUUGCAGAGCAUUUUGCAUUAUGUUAAACUGGGAGCUGGCAGAGCAUUUUGCAUUAUGUUAAACUGGGAGCCGGCAGAGCAUUUUGCAUUAUGUUAUAUUGGGAGGUUGCAGAGCAUUUUGCAUUAUGUUAUAUUGGGAGGUUGCAGAGCAUUUUGCAUUAUGUUAUAUCAAUAGGUUGCAGAGCAUUUAGCAUUAUGUUAUACUGGGAGCCUGCAGAGCAUUUUGCAUUAUGUUAUACUGGGAGCCGGCAGAGCAUUUUGCAUUAUGUUAUACUGGGAGCUGGCAGAGCAUUUUGCAUUAUGUUAUACUGGGAGGCUGUAGAGCAUUUUGCAUUAUGUUAUACUGGGAGGCUGUAGAGCAUUUUGCAUUAUGUUAUACUGGGAGCCUGCAGAGCAUUUUGCAUUAUGUUAUAUUGGGAGGUUGCAGAGCAUUUUGCAUUAUGUUAUAUCGGGAGGUUGCAGAGCAUUUUGCAUUAUGUUAUACUGGGAGCCUGCAGAGCAUUUUGCAUUAUGUUAUACUGGGAGCCUGCAGAGCAUUUUGCAUUAUGUUAUACUGGGAGGCUGCAGAGCAUUUUGCAUUGUUAUAUUGGGAGCCUGCAGAGCAUUUUGCAAUAUGUUAUAUUAGGAUGUUGCUGGCACCAAGCACCGUCUACAUGAUGUAUUUACGUUACUCACUUAUUUUUGUGCGACGGAUCUGUUUGUGCGUUAUUAAUAAAUUAAAUAUUGAUGCAAGCAGAGAUGUGAUGAUCAGGUAUAAUAUUGUGGAAUCAACUUGCCGUAGCUGUGUAUACAUCAUGUAUGCCCCGAUCUCUCCAGCGUACCAUCACUGUGUAUACAUUGUGCACAUCUUAGCUCUCCUGCGUACCAUCACUGUGUAUACAACAUGUACCCCCAAUCUCUCCUGCAUGCCAUCACUGUGUAUACAACAUGUACCCCCAAUCUCUCCUGCGUACCAUCACUGUGUAUUCAACAUGUACCCCCAAUCUCUCCUGCGUACCAUCACUGUGUAUACAACAUGUACCCCCAAUCUCUCCUGCGUACCAUCACUGUGUAUACAACAUGUACCCCCCAAUCUCUCCAGCAUACAACCACUGUGUACACAACAUGUACCCCCCAAUCUCCUGCGUACCAUCGCUGUGUAUACAUUGUGUACAUCUUAGCUCUCCUGCAUACCAUCGCUGUGUAUACUCUUUGACCUCAACAGCGUUCCAGCUCUGUAUACAUCAUGUACAACCCAAUCUGCCCAGCGUAUCAUCGUUGUGUAUACAACAUGUACGCCACAAUCUCUCCUGAGUACCAUCACUGUGUAUACAUUGUGUAAAUUUUAGCUCUUGCGUACCAUUGCUGUGUAUACUUUUUGAUCUCUCCUGCGUUCCAUCGCUGCGUAUACAUCAUGCACACCCCAAUCUCUCCUACGUUCCAUCGCUGCGUAUACAUCAUGCACACCCCAAUCUCUCCUGCGUACCAUCGCUGUGUAUAUUACACGUACACCCCAAUCUCUCCCGCGUACCAUUGCUGUGUAUACAGCAUGUAUGCCACAAUCUCUCCAGCGUACCAUCUCUGUGUAUACAACAUGUACGUCCCAGCGUACAAUCACUGUGUAUUCAACAUGUACCCCCCAAUCUCUCCUGCGUACCAUCGCUCUGUAUACAUUGUGUACAUCUUAGCUCUCCUGCAUAUCAUCGCUGUGUAUACAUUGUGUACAUCUUGGCUCUACUGCGUACCAUCGCUGUGUAUACAUUGUGUACAUCUUAGCUCUCCUGCAUACCAUCGAUGUUUAUACAUUGUGUACAUCAUAGCUCUCCUGCGUACCAUCUUAGCUCUCCUGCGUACCAUCGCUGUGUAUACAUUGUGUACAUCUUGGCUCUCCUGCAUACCAUCGCUGUGUAUACAUUGUGUACAUCUUAGCUCUCCUGAAUACCAUCACUGUGUAUACAUUGUGUACAUCUUAGCUCUCCUGCCUACCAUCACCGUGUAUACAUUGGGUACAUCUUGCCUCUCCUGCGUACCAUCUUAGCUCUCCUGCGUACCAUUGCUGUGUAUACAUUGUGUACAUCUUAGCUCUCCUGCAUACCUUCGCUGUGUAUACAUUGCGUACAUCUUAGCUCUCCUGCAUACCUUCACUGUGUAUACAUUGUGUACAUCUUAGCUCUCCAGAAUACCAUCGAUGUUUAUACAUUGUGUACAUCAUAGCUCUCCUGCGUACCAUCUUAGCUCUCCUGCGUACCAUCGCUGUGUAUACAUUGUGUACAUCUUGGCUCUCCUGCAUACCAUCGCUGUGUAUACAUUGUGUACAUCUUAGCUCUCCUGAAUACCAUCACUGUGUAUACAUUGUGUACAUCUUAGCUCUCCUGCCUACCAUCACCGUGUAUACAUUGGGUACAUCUUGCCUCUCCUGCGUACCAUCUUAGCUCUCCUGCGUACCAUCGCUGUGUAUACAUUGUGUACAUCUUAGCUCUCCUGCAUAACUUCGCUGUGUAUACAUUGCGUACAUCUUAGCUCUCCUGCAUACCUUCACUGUGUAUACAUUGUGUACAUCUUAGCUCUCCAGAAUACCAUCGCUGUGAAUACAUUGUGUACAUCUUAGCUCUCCUGCAUACCAUCGCUGUGUAUACAACAUGUACCCCCAAUCUCUCCUGCGUACCAUCGCUGUGUAUACAUUGUGUACAUCUUAGCUCUCCUGUGUACCAUCGCUAUGUAUACAUUGUGUACAUCUUAGCUCUCUUUUGUACCAUCACUGUGUAUACAUUGUGUACAUCUUAGCUCUCCUUUGUACCAUCACUAUGUAUACAUUGUGUACAUCUUAGCUCUCCUGUGUACCAUCACUGUGUAUACAUUGUGUACAUCUUAGCUCUCCUGCGUACCAUCACUGUGUAUACAUUGUGUACAUCUUAGCUCUCCUGCGUACCAUCACUGUGUAUACAUUGUGUACAUCUUAGCUCUCCUGUGUACCAUCACUGUGUAUACAACACGUACACCCCGAUCUCUCCAGCGUACCAUGUGUGCAGCCAGUUUGUGUUAAUCUCUCCCUAACGCUUUGCACGGUGCAGACUCCAGGAUGUACCUUGCUCUGUGAUGUGAGUCCACAAGUUAAUGGGGCUUCUCUCCUGUCUCCUGCCUUGUGACAAGCCAGAUGUAACUCACAGGAUGUACUCACACAAAGCUGCCAUCGCUAACCCCUGUCUGCGUGCAGCUACAGGCUCGGACUCGCCUGACUUCCAUUAACUGACAUCAUUCAUUGAACGGCUAUAAUCCCGUGUCAGGAGAGAGAUGUUCUCCCCUGUAUGAUGGAUGGGUCACGGACACUGAGUUUGUGGAAAUAAUAAGCCAUUCUGUUUGGUUAUAUCAGCUAAAAGUGAAAAGAAUAUAAGGGUGAAGUCAUCGAUACCUGUAUAAUGAUACGUCAGCGUGCGCGCAUUGCGCUGUUCUAUCACUGAGAUUAAUGUGAAGCGGUUUUACAGUGGAUGUGGAUGGAUACUAACUCACCCUGUGUGUAACGUAAUAUACAGUUAUUUAUAACAUUCAUUAUACAGCUCUGAAUAAUUAUAAUUAUUAAUAAAGCAUUUUACAAACUAAAUUCGACAAACAGAGACUGUCUAAAACAUUCAGGAGGACGCUGCGUGUGCGAGUUUAGAAAACGCCAGUAAUGAUUGUUAAACAUGAGUUGUAAUUUUUUUAAAUGACCGUUGGUAGAUCUUUCAUUGCCACAAAUAUAGCUCAGUAACAUAUCGAGUGCCAGAACUAUCGAUCGUGAUCUGAUGUCAUUUAAGAACCCGCGGGGACCAGGAAGACAGUGCGUGAAAUUCUUACCAGCCACUAAUGUGACCCUUGGAAUCCGCAUCAAACUUGGCGUUACAGAGAGCAGAGCGCUGCCGUCUAAUUGGUCUGCAUGAAUUCCUGUGACGUGUGUCUUUACCUAGCGUGGGGGUGACAUGUUAAUGCAUUAGUAUAUAAACUAUUUUCCUUUAAAAGUUGUGUUUUUUGGUUAAUGCGUAUAAUUGUGUAAAUAAUGACUGAAUCAGACAGCUCUGGGUUUAUAUAAAAAUCACAGAUUGUGUAGGACAAUCCACCACUUUCAUGAAACUUAAAUGUGCGCUAAUAUGGUAAAAGUGCAACAAUACGGAAAACGUGCCCUAAUAUAGAGCUAAAUUGUGUGACAGUGACGUGCAGGGAGAACCACCAGCCAUCCACGCUCUGUGUGGGGUCCCUGGACAGAGCGUGGAUGGCUGGUGGCAGGCAAUUAGAGCAGGUGGGGGUGUAAGUGGUUUGGGAGACCCCCUGCUGAUCAGAUUUAUAGUCCAGGCCCCCUUUAUGAGUGCCAUGUUUUGCUGUUUAUUACCUUUCCCUUAUUAAACCUUUCAACAGACACAUUUAACAAGCUGCAAGCUUCCUAGGGCCAUCCGGAAGGCCCUAAUUUAUGUGUUUCUGGCCCAUGGUUAGUCCCAAGAAGGGACAGCAUGGCUGCAGUAUGCUCUGCUCUGUGUCACACUGUCAGCCAAGCCAGGGAUGUGGCCCUGAGGACACCAUGUCACCGAGACGCAGAGCAGGGAUCGCUGAUGGCAAUUUAGCAGAUUUAUCAGGCGCCUCAUGGGAGCUGCUUGGCCUGGGAAUCCUUCAUUUACCAGCGUUCUCCCUUCUGUUUAGAUUUAUUUUACUGAGUAACAGAGUCCAAAUUCCUGCAGAUUGAUACUAAAAGAAAAGGAGGUAAACUUAUAUGUAGAGGAUGCAGGGCGGAUGUCAGAUCAAAUGAUGGUUGACUGACAGGUCGAAACGCCUUAAACCUUCUUCUGACAGUUUACAUGAAUUGUACAGAAGUGUUUACCCCUCUGGCAAGGAAAGGAUUAAUAAUCUCAGCUGGAGGGGGGGUCUUUUCCUGUCCUCAACUACCCCCAGCCGCGCAUGUUUACUAAUCAGAUGCUAAAUUGUGAUCUUUCGUAGAAAACUAGUUGCUGUAAAUAUACUUUAUGUUACAUUUUCCUAGGAAUAUAAAUAUCAAUCAAUAAAUAAUAUAAUAAAUACUAUUACAGUUUGCUAUAUAGCACCAGCAUAUGUGGUUUUGUUUUUCACAAAGAUUAGCCCUAUGAUUCCUAUAGUUCCAACUUGUUACUUAGUGUUGUACAAGCAGGGGUUAAGCAUAACUGGACUCCCUCCCAGGCCAGCGAUACUCAAACUACUGUAAAAUGGUUUAAUAUGUGAAAACGAGAGAAAUCUCAAUGUAUCCCUCCUGGUAAAAUAUUUUCUAAAUAAAUAAUGUAUGUUUUAUGGUUGUUAUAGAAAUCUCGUGCCUUGGAGUUUGUGUUUUAAUGAAGAAACAAACACAGUUUAAUAAUCUGUUUUCCCCCGGAUACGAGAGUUCGGCGUCUGGGAAUUAAGCUGGACGGGUGGGUGGAAUUCACGGAUGGUCGGUGGGGAGGAGGUUUCAUAGAUAGCAAUUAUCCACAAAACUAUGGAUUGGCUUUUUGUAUUACAAAUAAACUCCACAAGAAAGCUGAGCGCUUGGCUUUCAUGUACAGCCGCCAUCGUCUGCGAUUUCUCGCCCCUUCAGAGGCCUUUGCUAGGUGUACAAUACAUCGAUGCCACUGAACGCCUCGUUACGCUCCGGGAAACUGGGACAUUAACCCUUAUCGCCCCUGAGCCAGCGACUAGUCCCAGUGGAGUCCACGGGCUGAGCACUGCGUUACUGGUGAUGAAGGGGUGCCCAGCAGGUGUAGGCAUUGUGCAGGGAUUCAGAGCUGGGUAAUUAAACUGCGGUGCUAUUGUGCUGCCGGAUUCUGCAGGGGAUUUUCUUUCUGCUCAAUCUGCCGAGGAAUGAUCCUCGCUGGGGCCUCAUUCACCGCGAAGUGACCAGCGCAGCCCGUCUGACCCAUUUCAGGCCCUGGAAUUAAACAUGAUUUGUUUUUAGGGUUAAGGAAGGGGGAGAACCCAGAUUUCAUUUUACGGACAAUGUGAAUCUACCUUUCUCUGGAGUUUUUAUUGUUGUCCUAAAAUAGAUCUAUUAUGUUUGUCAGUAUUACAACUUACCUUCCAACUACUGUCAGGAUUCCCUCCAUCAUUCUGUCCAUGUGCCCACCUACCUGCCCACCAGGGUAUUAUAUCCCCAUUAGUGCGUCUCCGCUUAGGGUGAACUUCCACGGCGCAGGUUAUGGUUUGGUUUCCCUGUUACUGAGAUCUCCCUUUUUGGGGUAAUAAUCAGUCUGUUAGCUGAAUAUGGGCCUCACACCUGCGUUUUGUGAGAUAAGAGUCCGUUUAAUGGGAGGGAGGGACAGUACGAAAACUUAUUGCAUUCUUUCUUUCUUUGGAAAGCUGGAUCUUGAAGUAUUCAAACUCCCCUUUUCCUCCCCAGCAGCACCUGGCACACACAGCUCCCCUCGCCUUCCAUCUGUCUAUUCCUGCUUCUCUUCCCUAACACCUACACCCGUCACCCAUAGCUCCCCUCGCCCAUGUCUGUCUGUUAAUGCCCCAUAUCCCUUUGGCACACAUAGCUCCCCUCGCCCAUGUCUGUCUGUUAAUGCCCCAUAUCCCUUUGGCACACAUAGCUCCCCUCGCCCAUGUCUGUCUGUCAAUGACCCAUAUCCUCUGGGCAUACGUCACUCAUAGCUCCCCUCGCCCAUAUCUCUGUUAAUGCCCCAUAUCCUCUGGACAUCCAUUACCGAUAGCUCCCCUCGCCCAUGUCUGUCUGUUAAUGCCCGUCAUUUUCUGGGCAUACGUCACCCAUAGCUCCCCUCGCCCAUGUCUGUCUGUUAAUGCCCCAUAUCCCCUGGGCACCUGUCACCCAUAGUUCCCCUUACCCCUGUCUGCCCAUUGCUGCUCCUGUCCCUUUGUGUCUCUCUACCCGUAUCUCCUACACCUGUUACACGCAGCACCCCUCACUGGUGGCUUUCAUCUUUCUCAGUCUGUGUCCAGACAUUGUAAUCAGCCACUUUCAUCUCCUCACGUUACCUUCGUGGUAGAAAACAAAUCCUUCAAAACAGGCUGUGAGGCCCCCCAGCACCCAUUCCAGGAACCAGUUUUACAGCUCCCUACCCAUGGGUUAUAUAUCUCUCUGGAGGUUAAAGGGUUAAUAAGUCGGUUCUCACCCUCAGUGAGACAGUAAUCCUUUAUGGCAAGGAAAGGGUUAAUGCAUUCCUGGUUCAUUUUGUGAAUAGGGGCCUCCUUGCACCAGCUUUAUAGAGGGAGGGGGGGGUAUUGACUCCUGUGUAGGAGGUUAUUUAGAAGGUCAGGAAUCUGAAUGAGAUCUGACUGGCACUCCUCCAAAAAUGCUUUUAAUGAAUUAUUUCAAGUUAAGAAUUUUUCAUUUUCUUUCUUUAAGUUCUGUCUUCUUAACCUCUCACCCGCCCAUCCCCAGUGUGAGUUAAACAAGAAGGUGUCGAUUUUAUUUGUGGUAAUUACCGUGAAAGAGAGGGCAGAUAUUUACCUUUUCUCCCCAUCGUUAAUAUUAUUAGACAGAAUAGAUUUCCGCACCACUGGAUCGAUGAGCUAACAAUCUAAUUUAAUGGUUGAUUUUCAAGCCAGAGAUUGCUCUGUAAUAUAAAAUACGGCGUGUUCCAUUGUAGUGCGGAUUGUUUGUGACCCAUUAGGAGAUGUUAAAAGAUCCAGGACUCCCAGACGAUAUAUAAAUAUCAGGAUUCUAUAUUGGGGUAUCCUGUUUGGGCUCUCAGUGCUUUCUUCAGACACACCGGCAGCCCAAAACAUUGCCCAAGACAUAAUAAUCCCAUAGUUUGCCUUUCGUUCUGUCUCUGACCCCGUCUGCCAGCACCUUGUACUCAUUGCUGUGCCUACACAUUCGGGAGUUCUCUCGACGAGGAAACCCUUGGUCGAGUAGAUUUUACCUUAAUCUGGGCGUUUAGGCUGAUCUUCUGCAAGGAUGCUACAAAUGUCAGUUAUUUUGAGCUUGGAAAAGUUUUUUUCCAUUUGGCUGGGAGGAACGGUUCUGGAGUUUGGUUUCCAAUAUUCUCCGUCUCCGUCACCCUUAAUCUAAUCAGCCCCCUUUAUCAGGAACGUGGGGUGGGGACUGCAGGCUCUUUCAUAGGAGAGCUGCUGAUAAAUCUCAUGGCCUAUAGAACAACCAGUUUGUUAUACUUUUUAAAUCUCUGAAUAAAUGUGGCUGGAGUGAUUUCUUAGCUUAAUGAAUUGCCCCAAGGUGUUUAUAUGUCUAACUGGAAGGGAAGGGUUAAUAGAUUGCCUCUGGGGUGUUUAUAUGUCUCUCUGGAAGGGAAGGGUUAAUAGAUUGCCCUUGGGUGUAUCAUAUGUCUAACUGGAAGGGAAGGGUUAAUAGAUUGCCUCUGGGGUGUUUAUAUAGCUCUCUGGAAGGGAAGGGUUAAUUAAUAUCCCCUGGGUGCAUUACAUUUCUCUCUGGAAGGGAAGGGUUAAUAGAUUGCCGCUGGGUGCAUUAUAUAGCUCUCUGCAAGGGUUAAUAGAUUGCCCCUGGGUGUAUUAUAUGUCUCCCUGGAAGGGAAGGGUCAAUAGAUUGCCCCUGGGUGUAUUAUAUGUCUCUCUGGAAGGGAGGGGUUAAUAGAUUGCCCCAGGGGUGCACUAUAUAUCUCUCUGUAAGGGAAGGGUUAAUUAAGAUCCCCUGGGUGCAUUAUAUCUUUCUGGAAGGGGACGGUUAAUUAAUAUCCUCUGGGUGCAUUAUAUAGCUCAAUGGCAGGGAAGGGUUAAUGAUCAUUUUUGCUUUUAACAAGUCAAACAAUUGAGAGGUGGAGGGGGCCAUGCUGGCCCUGGGAUCUAUUUAUCAGCCUGGAGAGAGGUGGGGGGAGGCAGGGGCUGACUUCACAUUCCUCAGACACUUACAGGCCUGCUAAUUAACAAAAUAAAAUGUCCUAAUCCUCCAAUUCCCCUGAUAUUACUUCCUGCCAGGAGUGCUGGGUGCAUGGAACAGCCUCUCUGCAGAGGUGGACACUGGGAUCUCAGCACUAUGUAAAACACCUUUAUAGAGUUUGUAGCCAUAGAUCUGGUGCUGUUUAAAUGUGACAUCAUCAAAUGACGCAAUCCGCAGCAGAAUUCACUAACUGCGGGAUUAAUCCCUAAACCCAGAGAAAGUUUAACCCAGUUUGAUUACUUUGGCCUGUAACCUGCACAUUCUCCACAAUUCCCUGUUUAGUAAAUAUACUAAGGAUUCGAUAAUGUGUAGAGGGAGUAUAUUGCUGAUAUUUGGGUGUAAACUAGGCAAAAGUCGCUGUUUAGUGUAUAAACCUUGUAAAGUAACAGGACAACACUCUGUUUAAUAAAUUACACUAAAAUCCGAAAUGUCCAAAACAAGAACGAGGAGAUUUUCCUAGUUCUGCAUUUUAAUGAGUGGUUUAAAGGGAUUUCUUUGAGGAAGCUGUAAAAUGGAGGAAUUGUUCUAUGUGGAGAUAAUGGCCGAGAGGUUGGUAUACUCCGCACUGCCAUUUAAAGGUGCCCUGCUACUGUCACCGUGCCAGUUUAAGCAUGGCGGCCAUUGGAUGGGGGCCUAUAGAGGGACAACUUUGGUCUAAAUUCCGGGACCGUCCCCCGUCUUUGAGCGAGGAUGGCAGAUCUAAAAGUCUAUUUAUUCCCCAAUCUGCCCUCUCAGCUUAGUGAAUUGGUAAAUACCACCCCACUAAGCCUCCCUUAAUGGUCACCAUGGAGACCAACCAUCCAUUGACUUUAGUGCUGCCCAGACAGUGACAGCCGAUGACAGAAUCACAGUGUGCGGCUGCUGCCACCUGCCUGUCCUUAGCCCUGUCCUCACUGUUUGAUUUUACUAAUUACAAAUGCAAUAAGUACAACUACAUCCCAGCCGUAGGUAAAAGCAUCUGCUCACAUAUCACUAAUAUGUCACCAACACAAUCCAAGGCGCUGUACAAUAAACAGUCUUGGGUCCAAGUCACAAGAUCCCCCAGCCAAGAAAUGGAGGAAUUUGUGAAUUUUGACAAUUAAAUGUGCAGAUUGGGGGCUUACAUUCUGGGGGGAGCUUUGGAUCCAGGAGCUUACAGUCUAGAAGUAGGUUUUGAUGCAGGAGCUUACAGUCUAGAAGGAGGUUUGGAUCCAGGAGCUUACAGUCUGGGGGGAGGUUUGGAUCCAGGAGCUUACAGUCUGGGGGGAGGUUUGGAUCCAGGAGGUAACAGUCUGGGGGGAAGUUUAGAUCAAGGAGCUUACAGGAGGUUUGGAUCCAGGAGCUUACAGUCUGGGGGGAGGUUUGGAUCCAGGAACUUACAGUCUAGAAGGAGGUUUGGAUCCAGGAGCUUACAGUCUGGGGGGAGGUUUGGAUCCAGGAACUUACAGUCUAGAAGGAAGUUUGGAUCCAUGAGCUUACAGUCUGGGGGGACGUUUAGAUCAAGGAGCUUACAGUCUGGGGGAGGUUUGGAUCCAGGAGCUUACAGUCUAGAAUGAGGUUUGGGUCCAGGAAUUUACAGUCUGGGGGGGAGGGUUGGAUCCAGGAGCUUGCAGUCUGGGGGGAGACUGUACUGUUCUCUCCAGAUGAUGCUGCUGAGUAUUUGAUGUGGUUAGUAAUGAGCUAUAAUUAACGCACUAUGACUCGUAUGCAGCCUGUCUAGCUUUGUACAUAAACCCUUAACACCACUCUGAAAAUGACAGGGUUAAUACAAGAGGUGCCAGACAUGUCUGGUGGAAUGGGGUGUUUGGACUGUGUUAUCUCCUGUCCAGCUGUGUGAAAAAACCCCUAAUGAAGACACAAAGCAGAAACGUGUGUCAGGAGAUUAAAGUGCAGGGAAUCCAGAAUCGAAAUAAUUCGCCCUCGGAACCACUCCUGUCAAUCAAAGCAUGUUUAUUUAUUGGCCUUUACAUAGCGCCAACCUAUUCCGCAGCGCUUCACAAUUUUAUAAAAGGGGGAAAUUUAAUGAGAAAUGAGAUAACUACAAAAUGUUACAGGAUCAAUAGGGUGGUGAGGACCAUGGCAUCCUUAAAGGGGCAGCUCUCACAAUGUUCUCUGCGAAAUCUGAUCGUUAUUAACUCGUGUGUUUCCUCCAGUGCGCUGCUCUCGGAGCAUUACCAUACAAAACCGCCAGCCGCUUCACAAACCGCGAGACUCCAUUUUAGAAUUUGUCUCAGGCAGACAGAUUCUAUGUGUAUUGCAGGAAUCUGUGAACGCAAAACCGAUAAUACAAUAAUAGGAAAACUCAUCACAGGACGGGAGAUUGCUGCCCGCAGAGCUUACAAUCUAGGCAGUGAAAAACAAAUAAUUGCAGUGCUGAUUGAUUGCUUACACAACUUUAACACCUUCUGUACCAGAGCCGUGUGGGAGGUACGGGGUUAAUUACUGCUGCUGUUUUCUGUUGACUCAAGACGUGUUAAAUCCACUCCCUUUCCUUCCCCCUCAGCCUAAAAUGUCACCUUCUAAGGAAUAAAACGUCAUUAAUCCCAACCUGGUUCCCAUUGGAAGCACACAGUCUAAUUAAUUUCCAAAGGCAGCAUCAUUCAUGUACAUGCCAACAGCAGGUUUUACCUCUGGGCAUUGGGGAAAGUCACAUUCAUAGUUUGUCCUGAAAGAGUCGCUCUAAGCACCAUAACAACAACAGCUUAUUGUAUUAUUUACAGGUCAUUGUCCUUAUUAUGGUGAUUUGUGUCUGGUUUAAGUCAGACCGUUUAAUAAUAUAUAUUAUUAUUAUUUUAUUAUUUAUAUAGCGCCAUCAGAUUCCCUAGCUCUGUACAAUGGGUGUAUAUAUAGAAUAUACCGUUGAUAAUGGUGUCAGAUCGGAUCCUGGUGCAGUAUUAGAAGCUGGUGGAGGUUAAAGGGUCCUAUCACCUCCUGUCCUCAUGACCCAAACUUGUCACAGUUAAAAUAUGCUUUGUUGUUCCAUUUUGCUGCGCCGCUGAAUGUGUUGGCGCCUUUAAGUAAUAAUUAUAAUGAAUUAUAUUUCUUUAUAGAGAUAUAGUGUGGGGAAUUACUUUAUGGUACUGCCAUGAUUUCUAGGAAACUGCUGUUUUAUUAGAAGCAAGAACAUAAAAAUAAUCUGGCUAAUACAGAGUGGGUUCAGCUUGGACCUUGUAAUGGCCCAGUAAUGGUUAAACCGAAAGUUUCAUGGAGUCCGGGUGACUGCGUGGAAUCUGCGUCCUCGCUGGAGAACGCCGUCUGCUCGCGGAUUAAGAAAAAGGGAGAAAAUGAAAUGGAAGCUUGCCCAGUUGUCAUAAAAUUCCAAUUCAUUUCAACUUUAUUUACUUUUCUUCCAACUUACUCCAAGCAAAUAGUCGUUUCUGUAGAUAAAAAGGCUGAAAGGCUCCUUGUGUAAACCACGGAGAAGGAUGGAGGCGCAGUGUGGCGGCCGCUCCCUGUCUGACCUUGUCCCACCUGCUUCGAUGCUUACAUGGCCUCUUUGAUCCAUACCAUAUCUUUCUUUCAUAUCAUAAAACGCACACAACUCUCUGUUCGCCAUACGUCAUUCUGGACUUACAUUAGCCAUUAAAUUGUAAGCUCCUUUGAGCAAGGCCUUGUCUCUCUCUGCUCACUUUUACAUGUUUGUCAUUUCUUUAUUUAACUUUUUUAGUUUGUAUUCCUAUUGUACAGCGCUUCACGAUAUGGUGGUGCUAUAAAAAGUAGCAGUCGGUACCACCCUUUCUGGGCCAGAACCCUUCAGUAUUCGCUCGUCCCCCAUGUCGUAUAAAGAACGUCCUGUAAAAAGUGCCAUAUUACUCGCACCUCUCCCUGUGUCGCUGUUAGCGGUGUGUUUGGGGUUAAUUUAAUAUGUAAUAUAUUAAUGGAGAUUGUCGUGGUAAUGCCCGCAGUUUGUGCCCAGUCUGAGUUCUGUGACAGUAACAGGCGGCCAGUGUCUAAUCCUACCACCAGCGAGGGGACACGGAGAACAGAGUGACACAAGGGGGGGGGAGGGAAAGGGGGAGGGGGAAAACAAUGCCAGGCUUGGCACCGCCAGCAGGGGGAGGUGGGCACAACACACACAGUGUGAAGACAUGGUGAGGGAAGGAGAGAAAAACACAACUUCUUAACCUUCGCAGUGCUGGAGGAGUGAGGCUUUUUUUGGCACAGGAUUAAGCCUUUUUGGAAUCCCCCAAAUUGUUUAAGGCAGUUUUUCUAACAAGUAAUAAACAAUUUUAUUAUAAAUAUAAAAAAAAAUGACAUACUGGUAUCUGGUUAUUCAGCUGUUAUUGGACUAAAAAUCUUAUCACUGACAGCCGGCAUAGAGCUCACUCUGCAUGAUGGGAGUUAUAAAAUAAAGUCCACAGAGCCGAGGUGGUAUGUUUUAAUAUAGUUUGUAUGUUCACCCCUCCACUUGCGCCUGGCUGAGGUCUCAUUUUUUAAUGUAGAUAUGUGCUUUAGGGACGGGAUUAAUCCUUUUAGUGUCCCGCUGGCUGGUAUCUAUAGAUUGUACGCCUGUUUGUUCAGGACUGCCUGCACCUCUCAUCCUUAGUUCACUGUGCCUUAUUGUCCAUUGAACUUGUUUGAAAUGUCUGUAAGCACAAUGCACUGCGCCACAGACUAUGUUGGUGCUCUCCAUAAUAAUAAUCUCUUGACCGCCUCUACUGUGUGGCCACUCUUUGCAUCCAGCACUCCAGUUGCGACACUGUAGGGCUUACUCACUAAACAGAAUUCUAGUGGAAAACGGAAUGUAACUAAUGGGGCUCUAGUAGCCAAUCUGUGACUAUCCGAGCAGAGGAAUUUUUACAAUUCUGAUCUUUCCAUCAGAAUUUUUACUGACUUACAGUUUUUACAAUUCCCUGCUUAGUGAAUAAAGGCCAGUGUUCUCCCAGUGGGAAUUUGUGAAGUAAAGGUCAUUGCGGUGGCAUUUUCCUCCGUGAAAUGAUGACAUUGCGCUGUCUGGCUUGUGCCGGCACUCGGCAGGGUGGGCGCAGUCUGCCGAAUCCAGUUGAUUCAUGCUCUCGGCUCCAGCCUAGAUUGUACUGCUCCACACUAUAUGUGGGCACUUAAUAAACCAACUAACCUCUUGGGAACCCUCCUCUAAUUUUGCUUUACGGAGAUCUAGCCGGACCUCUUUUUAUUUUUCCCCUAAGACAAGAAUUAAACAGGAAAUCUUAGUAUUUAGAAUUUAUAUAGCGGUAACAUAUUCUGCAGCGCUGUACCAUAAAGGGAAUAAAGACAAACCGUAAACACGUACUGAUGCAAAAGGAACAGAAGACCCUGACCCGUGAGCUUACAAUCUAGCUACUACAGUACUUUUAUAAAAGUACUUCACAAGAUAACUGGAGAGCUUUCAGUCUAAAGGUAAUCCGGGGAUUGGAUAUUUAAAGGUACAGGAACUAGCUAAAAUAGCCAGAUUAAAACAACUCUCCAAAUAUUGCCUAAAAUCUGAAAUUUCUCCGGCAGUUCACCGCGAUUGUUGGAUUAAUUAAUACGGUAUUGUCUGUUCUCCUCUGUGGCACUCAAAGGGUUAAUUUAGUGAGGAUUUUGCUAGCUUUGCAGGUGUUAGAUACUAGGGUGUUCAGAGGGUGAGGCAGCCAGAAAGAGGAAUAAUAGGGGGUUUAACUCCUUCAGGACCAGGGUUCGGAAAAUCCCUCAUUAUCGUGACUGCCUCGACGCAUCAUGGUUGUGAAGGUGUUAACGUGCGCCAAGCGCCGACGUCCGAUCAGAACAGCAUUACAUGGCUUGGCUUCUGUUUUGCAAAUUGUUACGGGGUGUUUUACUAAAAUGAGAAUUGUUGAGAAUUUAAAGUGAUUUCCAGAUUUAACUCCAAAGUAGCUGAGCGGGAGCAUAGCUGGUGGGAGAAUAUUGACUUUACAUUCGGAAUUCACUUGGAUUUACUGCCACUUCUCCCUCUAGUGAAUAACCCGGUCCGUGUUUACAAACUGGGCGUCACAGAUCAUUUUUAUGUGGCUUUUAAAAUGAUUUUUAUAAUCCCUAAAAUGUUAUUUUUGUGUAACUUUUUCUUCUAUAAUUUGCUUUUUAAUCCUUUGAUUUCCAUUCUGGGCUGCGAGGAACAAAUUAAAUGGGCCUGUAAUUAGAAACAAACUAUACAGAGAGGGCCUCACCCUGCCCGCUUCAGUAUCCAGGAAAUGUAUGUUCAUUAUGCUCUCCUAAUCGCAUGUCAAAGUGUAGGCUGCACUGAUACAUGAGUUCCCUGUGUUCCGGCUGGUGUCAAGUGCAGAUUGUACUGUGGGUUACCGGCAUUGAUUCUUUCGGUCGGGUGCAGUUUGUACUGCGGGUUACCGGCACCGAUUCUUUGUGUCGGGCGCAGUUUGUACUGUGGGUUACCGGCACCGAUUCUUUGUGUCGGGCGCAGUUUGUACUGUGGGUUACCAGCACCGAUUCUUUGUGUCGGACGCAGUUUGUACUGCGAGUUACCGGCACCGAUUCUUUGUGUCGGGCGCAGUUUGUACUGUGGGUUACCGGUACCGAUUCUUUGUGUCGAACACAGUUUGUACUGUGGGUUACCGGCACCGAUUCUGUGUCGGGCGCAGUUUGUACUGUGGGUUACCGGUACCAAUUCUUUGUGUCGGAUGCAGUUUGUACUGUGGGUUACCGGCACCGAUUCUUUGUGUCGGACGCAGUUUGUACUGUGGGUUACCGGCACCGAUACUUUGUGUCGGACGCAGUUUGUACUGCGAGUUACCGGCACCGAUUCUGUGUCAGGUGCAGUUUGUACUGCGGGUUACCGGCACCGAUUCUUUGUGUCGAACGCAGUUUGUACUGCGAGUUACCGGCACCGAUUCUUUGUGUCGAACGCAGUUUGUACUGUGGGUUACCGGCACCGAUUCUUUGUGUCGGACGCAGUUUGUACUGCGAGUUACUGGCACCGAUUCUGUGUCAGGUGCAGUUUGUACUGCGGGUUACCGGCACCGAUUCUUUGUGUCGGACGCAGUUUGUACUGCGAGUUACCGACACCGAUACUUUGUGUCGGGUGGCAUUAACCAUCGAACCUUACAAUAAUUUGUGAAUUCAGCCUACAGUUUAAAGCACAAUCUGGAAAAUGUAUCUGUUUGAAAAGUGGAAAGUUUUCUGAUCUCAUGGGAACACCAUGCCGGCUCAGUAACUGACACUAGUUUAUUACCUUAGUUUACACUAUUUCAGGGAAGACACAAGGACUGUAAUAGUUUGCAUUCCAUGGGGGGGGGAGGACCUGCUCCCAACAUGAUUAAUGGUUUAACAAAGAUGAAUGAACAAAAACAGCCCACCCUUUCAUUGCCAGAGGGCAGGUGAUUAAUCAUGACCACUCUACCGCAUGGAAUGCACAGUGCAGAGUAUCCCAGUACCAAUCGCACUGUGUACAGUGCAGGGUAUCACACUGUGUACAGUGCAGAGUAUCUCCGUACCAAGCACACUAUGCACAGUGCAGAGUAUCCCAGUACCAAUCGCACUGUGUACAGUGCAGGGUAUCCCAGUACCAAACACUGUAUGUACAGUGCAGAGUAUCCCAGUACCAAACACACUGUGUACAGUGCAGAGUAUCCCAGUACCAAACACACUGUGUACAGUGCAGAGUAUCCCAGUACCAAACACACUGUGUACAGUGCAGGGUAUCCCAGUACCAAACACACUGUGUACAGUGCAGGGUAUCCCAGUACCAAACACACUGUGUACAGUGCAGAGUAUCCCAGUACCAAACACACUGUGUACAGUGCAGGGUAUCCCAGUACCAAACACACUGUGUACAGUGCAGGGUAUCCCAGUACCAAACACACUGUGUACAGUGCAGAGUAUCCCAGUACCAAACACACUGUGUACAGUGCAGGGUAUCCCAGUACCAAACACACUGUGUACAGUGCAGGGUAUCCCAGUACCAAACACCGUAUGUACAGUGCAGAGUAUCCCAGUACCAAACACUGUAUGUACAGUGCAGAGUAUCCCAGUACCAAACACACUGUGUACAGUGCAGGGUAUCCCAGUACCAAACACACUGUGUACAGUGCAGGGUAUCCCAGUACCAAACACCGUAUGUACAGUGCAGGGUAUCCCAGUACCAAACACACUGUGUACAGUGCAGAGUAUCCCAGUACCAAACACUGUAUGUACAGUGCAGAGUAUCCCAGUACCAAACACUGUAUGUACAGUGCAGAGUAUCCCAGUACCAAACACACAGUGUACAGUGCAGGGUAUCCCAGUACCAAACACCGUAUGUACAGUGCAGAGUAUCCCAGUACCAAACACCGUAUGUACAGUGCAGAGCAUACCAGUCCCUAACUGUGUGUGCCCAGAUAUUUACCUUGGCUGCACCAGUGACCACGCCAGGCCUUCUGGGUAAUAUCUCCCCAGCAGGUGGAGGGGUCUGUGUCAUCAUUCGAUCCCCCCCAAUCCUGGGACUGUGCCUCCCAAACUGCCCUGCUCUUGCUCAGCUGCCCUUUUAUGGAUUUUAAUGUAACGGGUGCAGUGAGUGCACUGCCAUACAGGCCCCGCUGGGACUUUCCCUAAAUAGCUCUGGCUUAUUUUACAAAACGUUCCCUAGAAUCCGGCGUUGGAUGAACUGGCGUGCAGUGACCGCAAAAAACUGGGGAAAGAAAUUCGCUUUCUGCAAGAAUUAACCCCUUUGGUGCCCAGGCUACCUACAACAAAAUCGCUAUGUAAUCAUUAAUUAACUAUUUCACUCCUGAACCACUACCUGUAAUAAAUAAAUGCUUUGUAAUAUGUUUACUUGCGGGUGCUGUGUGAACAUGUUCGUGAAAUAAAACCUGCCCUAACGGAUCACGAGAGACCUGGAGGUUAACAUCCAAACAUGACAUCUCUGUGAUUUAAUAAAUCCAGCAGCCUGUACCUUCUCCGGAGCCGGGCAGAGGAUCCGUGGCAAGUUGAUGGAUGGGAUCAUGACUUGUGUACAUGACGAGCAGCUCAGUCACCACCUGUAAAUUAUACUCCUACAAUAGGAAACGCCAUCUGUCUGAUAUAAAGCAUUGUACUGCACCGCUGCACGUGUCAGAACUAGAAUAUUCAUUGAAGUCACGCAAUCUUAUUAUCCUUAAAUAUUAUCGAGUUUUGUUACGUGGGGGUGAAUCUUAUAUUAAUGCCUUGGGGGUGCGUAUUUGUGCCAUUACUAGAUUAAUCCGUGCUCUGAGAGAUGGCACAGAGGACACGUUGGAUGAUAUUUGUGGCUCGCGCCAGAUCUGCGUGUUUGUAAGUUCUGCUAAAUGAUAGAUCGAGGAACUGUGUGUUAACAUAUUUGCAGUUAAAGGAACACUAUAGUCACCUAAAUUACUUUAGCUAAAUAAAGCAGUUUUAGUGUAUAGAUCAUUCCCCUGCAAUUUCACUGCUCAAUUCACUGUCAUUUAGGAGUUAAAUCACUUUGUUUCUGUUUAUGCAGCCCUAGCCACACCUCCCCUGGCUAUGAUUGACAGAGCCUGCAUGAAAAAAAAACUGGUUUCACUUUCAAACAGAUGUAAUUUACCUUAAAUAAUUGUAUCUCAAUCUCUAAAUUGAACUUUAAUCACAUACAGGAGGCUCUUGCAGGGUCUAGCAAGCUAUUAACAUAGCAGGGGAUAAGAAAAUCUUAAUUAAACAGAACUUGCAAUAAAGAAAGCCUAAAUAGGGCUCUCUUUACAGGAAGUGCUUAUGGAAGGCUGUGCAAGUCACACACAGGGAGGUGUGACUAGGGUUCAUAAACAAAGGGAUUUAACUCCUAAAUGGCAGAGGAUUGAGCAGUGAGGCUGCAGGGGCAUGUUCUAUACACCAAAACUGCUUCAUUAAACUAAAGUUGUUCAGCUGACUAUAGUGUCCCUUUAAUGGGAAUCCCAACCAGUAAAGCGUUAAUAACAUUUCCUUUCUAUAUAAAUGGGCAAUUUACUGAUCAGAGGUAAAGUGUGACUACAAUGGGUGAAUAUUUGUAUCACUGAUUCCUUAACCCUUCUCCUGCCAGUCAUUAGUGGCCGAUAAUGUGUUAAUAUUGAUCUGUUGCUCCCCUUGUUCUUUGCAGGUGUUCCAUGUUGCCUACGUGUGGAUCAAGUUUGCCAACUCUCCCCGUCCGGAUUUGUGGGUGCUCGAGAGGUCGACGGAUUAUGGGGCUACCUACCAACCCUGGCAGUACUUUGCCUGUAAGUGAUGCUGUGAUUACUUAAUGCGUUCCUCUAAAAGAGUCUCCUGCAGGGCCCUAGCUCGCUAAUACAGAACAUGGAGAUUCAUUUAGGGGUGUAUUUGCCAAAAUCGUGAACUGCAAACUUCAGGUGAAAUCAGACGAGCUGGGAAAAGUAGGACUUUGAAAAGUUUGACAUUUUUAGCCCAAAAUGUCUGUCCCACUACAGUGCCCAGUUUAGUAAAUAACGCCCAAUUUUCUCCUCUUCUGCUCUGUACGUACCCGCUGCCAUUGAUUAAACAUUGUCCGAGACUCUCCUAUCACUGACAUAAAGUUGGCGGUCUGAUUAAAGGGACACUAUAGUCACCUGAACAACUUAAUGAAGCAGUUUUGGUGUAUAGAACAUGCCCCUGCAGCCUCACUGCUCAAUCCUCUGCCAUUUAGGAGUUAAAUCCCUUUGUUUAUGAACCCUAGUCACACCUCCCUGCAUGUGACUUGCACAGCCUUCCAUAAACACUUCCUGUAAAGAGAGCCCUAUUUAGGCAUUCUUUAUUGCAAGUUCUGUUUAAUUAAGAUUUUCUUAUCCCCUGCUAUGUUAAUAGCUUGCUAGACCCUGCAAGAGCCUCCUGUAUGUGAUUAAAGUUCAAAUUAGAGAUUGAGAUACAAUUAUUUAAGGUAAAUUACAUCUGUUUGAAAGUGAAACCAGUUUUUUUUUCAUGCAGGCUCUGUCAAUCAUAGCCAGGGAGGUGUGGCUAGGGCUGCAUAAACAGAAACAAAGUGAUUUAACUCCUAAAUGACAGUGAAUUGAGCAGUGAAAUUGCAGGGGAAUGAUCUGUACACUAAAACUGCUUUAUUUAGCUAAAGUAAUUUAGGUGACUAUAGUGUUCCUUUAAGAAAAUAAUUUGGGAUAAUUAAGUGCUUAGUGAAUAACUGUCCAUGUGCGUAAAGUGAAUGCGCUGAGAUCCUUUAACCUAAUCAUAACCUAGUUGCUAAAAGCAAACUCAACAGUACAAUAACAACCGCACAAUGAACCCUGAAAUUUCUACACCCCCAAUCUCUCUCCUUCUAUAUAAAGGGCGAGCCACAAACUUAUAGUACUUCUAACAAAGACAAACUUUGACAUGUCUUCUAAUCCGAUAGCUCCACAAUCAUGUGAUUAGUCUAGAACUUUGUAAUAAAUAUAAUAAUACGGCCCACUAGGGGGCGCAGUAAACCAUCUGACCCGAGGUUGUGGAGUACUCCCUCCUUCACAAGAUAAAAAGUCCAAAUCCCUUAUCAAACUCUGCCUUCAACUCAAACGAUUCAUCAUCCCCUCUGCGUUCCAAUACUUUAUUUCUCAAAAUAGAAAACAAAUUUAAUGAAUGCGCAGCAGCGGAACAUUGACCACGUUUUAUAUUAUUGUUCAUUUCUAAGAUUAAAUAUUUUACUUGUCCUCGGAAUGGGCAUUUGGUUGUCGUGGCUAACUGAUAGGCAAGGUUGACAGUCUUGGAAGAGCGAGCCGUGUUUAAUCUAUUUAAGUUCAGAUAAAGUGACGCAAGUGAUGUAGGGCACUAACAUGCCAUUUCUAUUCUCGGCAAUUAUAUCCAAGGAAAUCCCUUAUCUCUGAGACUGACCAGGAAACGUUCAUUGUGCUAUGUUUCCGUUCUCGUACCGUACAGGUCACCGAGACAAAACAUCGGCAAGCUUCAGUGACAAGUUAAAACGAAAUGCCAGAUUUUUUAAUUUUUUUAUUUAAGCUUCUCUUAAAUUUCAAAAACAAAAUAUUAAACUUUAAUAAAUGUUUUAUUUGAUUUACAAGUAUCAUGGGUAGAAAAUAAAUUAGUAAACUGCUUGCAUCACAUGGAUUACAGAUUGAAUUAAGAAAAUAAUAAUGUGGCAAAACUUGGCGUGGCGAAUUAUUUCUGCCGGGAUUCACAGUGGUUAUAAUAAUGUGUGACGAUCAGGAUUCGUAAACUUGGCGUAUCCUGAUACGGAAUGGGUCUCAGUUGGAGUCUCGGUUGAUCAGUCUGUUUAGCUUUAUAUUCUCAUUAUUAACGCAUUGUACGCUGUUUGCCUGCUCUUUUCGGAUGCUAAUUCCUAUUGUGGGACUCUGCGCAGCUCGCCAUGUUUUCUGGGAUAAACCUUGCACAUCCUGGUCCUUGAUAAAGUGAUUCUGUGCAGUGUUUAUCUCCACUUUCUAAUCCCUUGGGAAGAGCCGAAGGGAGUUUUUGAAAGAGAGGACAUAAGUGGUCGCCUGUCAAUUAUUUGUCCAAUGCUGGGACAAGCAAAGUGCGUGCUUAGCGAAAAUCCACAUGUCUGAGAAGCAGUUCGUGCUACAUCUAAUCAUUAAUCACCGUAACAGAUGUUUCUGGGGAUUCUAAUAAAGUGCUACUGUGUGUGUGUAUAAAAAGUCCUUAUAGUGGUGCUGUGAGCUUAACAUUUUAUUAGUUUCUAUGACGACUGCCCCAUCUAUGGGCAAGAAACCGGAACAUUCCAUCGGUUUCUAUGGUGAUCGUUCCGCUUGUAGAACUUUCCCCCGGAAUCUCCCUUCACAUUGUUAUGUGCUCUUCAGUUGUGUGAAUAAAUAAAAUAUUAAAAAGCUUUUGUUUAUCUCUGACUGUAAUUUUCUGCUCCAGCUUCUAAGAGAGAUUGUCUGGAGCUUUUUGGUUUGCGCUCAAUGGAUCGCAUCACAAAGGAUGACGACGUAAUUUGUACGACUGAGUAUUCGCGCAUUGUGCCUUUGGAAAAUGGCGAGGUAAGCCUCAUAUCUCCGCUGCAUCCUUUGUUUUUCUAAUCGAAACUUACCGUGAGCGGAUUUGAUUUGUAAAUUACUGUAAUUCCAGAUCGUGGUCUCGUUGGUGAUAGGUCGUCCAGGAGCGAUGAAUUUCACCCACUCCCCUGUGCUUAGAAAUUUCACCAAAGCUACCCACAUCCGCCUGCGGUUUCUGAGAACCAACACCUUGCUUGGGCAUCUAAUGGGCAAAACACUCAGAGACCCGACUGUUACCCGUAGGGUGAGUAUUAAUGCAGAACUGUAAGCGUCUGGAAACGGGCAGAAUCUGACGCUGAUUUCAUUUCCUGUGCGCCUGUAAAGUACUGCAAUCCGGGUUUAAUCUGAGCCUUUUCUCUCCUUCCUAGUAUUAUUACAGCCUGAAGGAUAUCAGCAUCGGGGGGCGCUGUGUGUGUAACGGCCAUGCUGAAGUGUGCAAUGCCAAGGAUCCAGUCAACCCAUACAGGUAAAAAUAUAGAAUGAUCAUUUACCCACCAUUUCCUGGCCCCAACGCCAUGUUUACACCCCGGGAAUGCUGCACAGGUUGGGGCAGAGGCUGAAGGCGAUAAUGCACGCUUUCCCAAAACCGCGUUUCCCUUAUUUUAGUGUAAAUAUAGCAUCAGUUUAUACUGUAAUGAUCAAACAGAUAUUACCAGGGACAAGGCUGGCGGUCUGGGCGGGAUUAACCCUUGACCCCGACUGAAGAUCUAUGGGUCUCUGUGUGUUUCCCUCACUGACAUUUUCUAUAAACACCUGCAUUGUUUGGGGUCUGACAGGGAGCAGGGGGAUUAGUUUGUUACCCUUCACUGACUGAGGAAAAUCUCCUAUUCACAAACACCGUGACGGAAUGCUCUGCUCGCCGCAGGGUCACAGACAAAGCCGCAGAUUGUGUCUUGUGAUCGUAAAUAAAUAAUAUAAAGUGAGGGGAAAUGAUGAUGAUUAUUAUUAUUAUUAUUUGCUCAAUAUUAGGAGGGGAGAGCAGUAUGUGCCUCAAUAAUACAUUUAUUCCCACUCACGGACCAUUAAUAUCCUAUUUUCAGUGCUGGUAAGUGUGAUAUAAAUACGUGGAUGGACCAUUUACAUUUCUGGCUAUUUAUGUUUGUAUAUCCUGCAAUUCAGUAAAAUCUCCUCCAUGAAAUGACCGUAAAGUCGUAGCGGGCUAUUCGCCUACAUUACCUGUGAGAUUGCCAGCGGCGCAGGUUGACAGUGUUAGUACAUGGAUCGCAGAGCGUAGCGGUGAUAUCAUCGCGGCUUAGAAUGAGGUUAAUACCAAUGACGGUUUAUGGCUUGGCUCCUCCGCUAAGCUGGCUGUCAGUGUUGGGAACUGGAUUCCAGUAAUAUCGGGGGGGGUAUAAAUUUUCACUUUGUAUAUAAUGAGCCGAGACUCCCACUAACUCACUGCCCGCGAAUUUGGCGCUGGAUUCUCUGCCGUGAAAUUAUUUUAUUAUCUGUUACUAAAAAUGUAUUCUUCCUCACAGGCUGCACUGCGUCUGUCAGCACAACACGUGUGGUGGGUCAUGUGAUCGCUGCUGCCCUGGAUACCAUCAGUUACCGUGGAAACCUGCGACCAUGGAUAGCGCCAACGAGUGUGAACGUAAGUGUUGUGCUGCACGUAAUAGCUUCUCCAACGCAUUACCUGGGGCGGAGCAACACAGGGGGUAAGGAUGGGAUGCAGUGGACAAGACCAGGCUCAGGGAGGCAGUGGGCUGUGUUAAGGGACGCAGCGGGCUAGGCAGAGUGAGGUAUAUAGUGGGCGAGGCUGGGUGAGGGGGCAGUGGACUGAGCUGUAGGACGCAGUGGGCUGGGCUGGGGUAUGCAGUGGGUUAGGUUGGGCUCAGGGAGGCUAAGCGACACAAUGGGCAAGGCUGGACUGGGGGAGACAGCGGACAAGUAUUGGUUGAGCGACGAGAGGGGGCUGAUAGAUACAGAGGGACAAGAGGGGGGCUGAUAGAUUCAGAGGGACAAGAGGGGGGCUGAUAGAAACAGAGUGACAAGAGGGGAGCUGAUAGAAGCAGAGUGACAAGAGGGGAGCUGAUAGAAGCAGAGUGACAAGAGGGGAGCUGAUAGAAGCAGAGUGACAAGAGGGGGGCUGAUAGAUUCAGAGGGACGAGGGCUAAGGGCUGAUAGAUGCAGAGGGACAAGGGGUAAGGGCUGUUAGAUGCAGAGGGACAACGGGGGGGGCAAGAGCCACUGAGGGUGGGGGGGGGGGGACAGUCACAUGCCGUUUGAUUUAGAAUUUGCUCUGGUUUAAAGUUGCACAUCUGUUCCACAUGCAGCAGCUGCCCCUACUGAACCAUAAAGAAGCAUUUGACGGUAUAUUACAGUUACAGAUCCCCCAUAACUCAUUUCUUUUUCCCAAACAUUCUUUACCCAAAGGAUUUAUUCACAUUUCUCGCAUUGCUUUGUAUCAUAUAUCUCUGGCAUGAAAACAGUUAAUAUGACAGCAUGUAACGUGUGUGUUUGUAUUUAUAUCAUAUGUCUCGUGUAUGUGGGUACUACAGCUGGUGUAUUGACCUCUGUGGAUUGUAAGCUCUGUGACCCGUGUAACAGCAUUAAUGAGGAAUCGCCUUGCGUCUGUGGCUGAUGGUUCUGGAACUUUACUGCCUUAUUACUUUCACGGAGACCAGUUUCAUGUAAAAUAGUUGUCUCACCUAAUAGAACGGGGGCAGGGACACCAUUUUGAAUCAUAUUUUACAAAUGUCUGUAAUAUUAAUUUCUGUGACUGCAUAGUUCCUCAGGAACUGAGGAUUGUGUCUGAGUUGAGGAAUCAUGGGAUAUUUGAGUUUAUUUGCAUAAAAUGCCCUGUAUGUUGCUUUGCAGAUGGCGACUGUGAUGUCAGAGUGUAGAUUUAGAAACCGGAAUAUGUAAAACCCGAGCUGUAGAUAACGUGAGCUGGAUAAUAUUUAUAGUAAAUAAAAUGAUGGCCUCUCCAGUAGGACUGAGGGGGGCAUGAUGACGUGUCUUCACACAACAUGUGUGUUUUUGCAGCAUGUAACUGUAACGGACACGCACACGACUGUUACUACGAUCCUGAUGUGGAUCUCCGCAGAGCCAGCAUGAACCGCCAGGGAGAGUACGCAGGAGGAGGAGUUUGCAUUGACUGCAAGGUAAGCGGUGAAUGCGAGGGUCCAGGGCAAGGGCCAGAGAAGGAACAAUUCCCAGAUUCUGGCAUCCCGAUAGUUAAUACUCACGGAAUAGAGGUAUCACAGUAUCAGGGUAACAGAUUGUUUAGGAUGAAUUCCAUGUCAGACAUUCCACGUGAUUGUAUAAUGCACUAUAUAAACACCGUAUUCAUUUUAUUAGUAUUCAUGCUGUAGUGCUGGUAGUUCUGGCAGGGAUACGGUUAAUAAUAUACAUUCAGUGUGAUCUAUUGAAGGAAAAUUCCAUAAAUUCUCAUUAUGUUUUGUAGCAUAAUACUGACGGCGUGAACUGUGAGCGAUGCCGCUUAACCUACUACAAAUCACCCGACCAUCCAAUCGACUCACCGUACAUCUGCCAGAGUAAGUAUUAACCCCCUCUGUCUCAUCAUAUGCCCAGCCAGAGUAUGUAAUAACCCUCUCCCUCCCAUCAAACCCCAGCCAGAGUAAGUAUUAACCCCAUCCCUCCCAUCCAACCCCCAGCCAGAGUAUGUAUUCACCCCCUCCGUCUCAUCAUACCCCAAGCCAGAGUAUGUAAUAACCCUCUCCCUCCCAUCAAACUCCCAACCAGAGUAUGUAAUAACCCCUUCCCUCCCAUCAAACCCCCAGCCAGGGUAAGUAUUAACCCCCUCUCAUCAUACCACCAGCCAGAGUAUGUAUUAACCCCCUCUCAUCAUACCCCCAGCCAGAGUAAGUAUUAACCCUCUCCCUCUCAUCAAACCCCCAACCAGAGUAAGUAUUAACCUCUCUCCAUCCCAUAAAACCCCUAGCCAGAGUAAGUAUUAACCCUCUCAAACCCCUAGCCAGAGUAAGUAUUAACCACAUGUGACGCACUCUUGACAUGUCCUGUGUUGUCCUCAGAGUGCGCAUGUGAUUCAGAAUACAUGGAUGGAACGUGUGAGGACUUGACGGGGAGGUGUUACUGUAAACCAAACUAUACCGGCAAGGACUGCGGGCAGUGCGCUGAAGGGUUCGCCAACUUCCCAGAGUGCUAUGGUAAGACUGCUAUCGCUCUUAUAACGAAUUACUGGGGUAAUCGCAAAACCUCAUUAAUCUUCUGUUUUGGAGCCUGAAAUACAGCCCUCUAGAUCUUUACUGGGACAAUUUCUAAUAGAACCUUCUGUCUUUUAUACAAUAUUUUUUGUAGUCUACUCAGCAUGUUGUUCCAGAUAUUGGACUGUAGAGGGAGACUUCAUGCUGUGACAUUGAUUUUAUUCUAUUCUCUCCCCCCCCCCCAGCUAUCACAGGUCCCCCAGGCGAUAAGACCGGAGAGCAGAUACUACCUGUAGGAGAAAUCAUCAGUAAGUGCGGCAUUAUUAUUUUAUUGAUGUUUAAACAGACAAACUAUUUAUACUCUAAAAUAAUGCUAAUUCUAAAUAUUCCAUAGCGCAGUGCAUGAUGGGACUGUGUGGUGGUGACUGCCUAUAUCUCACAUAGUUUGGAGAUUAGUAAGUGGGACAGGGGCUCACGUUAUUACGAAUACAGUCUGUUUAGAUCCCGAUGUCCUACUCUGCACAGUCAGAUAACGAUAGUGCUUGUCACAUGACUGUACCGCGCUCUGUCACUUGACUCUAUGUUUUAUAAUGUCUCUUUGUCUCUCAGACUGUGACUGCCAUGUUGCCGGGACCGUUGGAAACGCCUGCCGCAAAGACCCCGUUCUGGGCGCUUGUGUCUGCAAACCAAAUUUCCAGGGAGACGCAUGCGAUGACUGUGCUCCUCACUUCUUCGGUCCCAACUGCCAAGGUGGGUGUGGGAGAGAUGCGUGUUGUGUUAAUUCAGAACCAGGGCGCUUGCAUGUGGCGAUAUGGGUAAAAUUUACAUUCUCGUAGCGCAUCAUGACGAAUCAGACAAGACUGCACAUCGUCUGCUCCAUGUCUUUUUCACAUCUUUUCCCUGACUUAUUGCUUUGUGGUCUGUGCUCCCCGAGAGAGUCCCACUGCAGUCUGUGCCCCCCUAAGAAUGUCCCACUGCAGUCUGUGCUCCCUGAGAAUGUCCUACUGCAGUCUGUGCCCCCCUGAGAAUGUCCCACCGCAGUCUGUGCUCCCUGAGAAUGUCCCACUGCAGUCUGUGCUCCCUGAGAAUGUCCUACUGCAGUCUGUGCCCCCCUGAGAAUGUCCCACCGCAGUCUGUGCUCCCUGAGAAUGUCCUACUGCAGUCUGUGCUCCCUGAGAAUGUCCUACUGCAGUCUGUGCCCCCCUGAGAAUGUCCCACCGCAGUCUGUGCUCCCUGAGAAUGUCCUACUGCAGUCUGUGCUCCCUGAGAAUGUCCUACUGCAGUCUGUGCCCCCCUGAGAAUGUCCCACCGCAGUCUGUGCUCCCUGAGAAUGUCCCACUGCAGUCUGUUCUCCCUGAGAAUGUCCUACUGCAGUCUGUGCCCCCCUGAGAAUGUCCCACCGCAGUCUGUGCUCCCUGAGAAUGUCCUACUGCAGUCUGUGCUCCCUGAGAAUGUCCCACCACAGUCUGUGCUUCCUGAGAAUGUCCUGCUGCCGUCUGUGCUCCCCGAGAAUGUCCCACCGCAGUCUGUGUCCCCGAGUGUGUUUCACUGCAGUCUGUGCUCCCCGAGAAUGUCCCACCGCAGUCUGUGCUCCCCCAGAAUGUCCCACUGCAGUCUGUGCUCCCCCAGAAUGUCCCACCGCAGUCUGUGCUCCCUGAGAAUGUCCCACCACAGUCUGUGCUCCCUGAGAAUGUCCCACCACAGUCUGUGCUUCCUGAGAAUGUCCUGCUGCCGUCUGUGCUCCCCGAGAAUGUCCCACCGCAGUCUGUGUCCCCGAGUAUGUUUCACUGCAGUCUGUGCUCCCCCAGAAUGUCCCACUGCAGUCUGUGCUCCCCCAGAAUGUCCCACUGCAGUCUGUGCUCCCCCAGAAUGUCCCACUGCAGUCUGUGCUCCCCCAGAAUGUCCCACCGCAGUCUGUGCUCCCUGAGAAUGUCCCACCACAGUCUGUGCUCCCUGAGAAUGUCCCACCGCAGUCUGUGACCCCAGAGAAUGUCCCACCGCAGUCUGUGCUCCCUGAGAAUGUCCCACCACAGUCUGUGCUCCCUGAGAAUGUCCUGCUGCCGUCUGUGCUCCCCGAGAAUGUCCCACCGCAGUCUGUGUCCCCGAGUGUGUUUCACUGCAGUCUGUGCUCCCUGAGAAUGUCCCACCGCAGUCUGUGUCCCCGAGUGUGUCCCACCGCAGUCUGUGCUCCCCAAGAAUGUCCCACCGCAGUCUGUGCUCCCCGAAAAUGUCCCACUGCAGUCUGUGACCCCAGAGAAUGUCCCACUGCAAUCCGUGACCCCCGAGAAUGUCCCACUGCAGUCUGUGCCCCCCUAGAGAAUGUCCCACUGCAGUCUGCGCCCCCAGAGAAUGUCCCACUGCAGUCUGCACCCUCAGAGAAUGUCCCACCUCAGUCUGCGCUCCAGAGAAUGUCCCACCGCAGUCUGCGCCCCCAGAGAAUGUCCCACUGCAGUCUGCGCCCCCAGAGAAUGUCCCACUGCAGUCUGCGCCCUCAGAGAAUGUCCCACCUCAGUCUGUGCCCCCAGAGAAUGUCCAACCGCAGUCUGCGCUCCCAGAGAAUGUUCCACCAUAGUCUGUGCCCUAAUGCAUCUUUUCUACUGUACCUGUCAUUCUUUUGAUUCUCCCUUCCAAUUCUCACCAUUACCAUUAUUGAUAUCUGAUAUCUCCAUGUCUCAUGUUCUCAGUUUUUUCCCCCUGUUUCCUUUGCCAUUUUUACCUCCUGCCGCUGGUGUUUUCACGUAUCAUUCUGUGUCACGCAGAGUGUUUGUGCUCCGGACCUGGUGUGUACGACGGGAGCUGUGACAAGAACACCGGGCAUUGUGUGUGCCGAGAUGGAUUUGUAGGAUUCUAUUGUGAGCAGUGUUCUUCCGGCUUCUUCAAUUAUCCCCUCUGCCAACGUGAGUAAUUUAUUCCGAAAUACAGGUAUACUGAACUUUCUAUGUAGUCUACCUGUAUUUCCAGUCUGUGCCCCACAGCAGCUUUAUUAAAUUUGUACAAGGAAUCGCAAAACGGUAAAAAAACAAAAUAAAGAGCUCCCUAUUGACCCGGAGAAUAAUUUUCAACAUUUUAUUUUGGUCUGAACUGAAAGAUGCAUACAUGUAGUUAAAGGGGCACGGUCAAGUCCUGAGAUAUUUAAUAUUAUGUUUUCUUAUCUCAUUAUUUAUCGAAUAUAUAUACUGGAUAUAUUUGUGAGUUGUGAAAAGAAAAUGAAAUGUAGAAAUCCACUCACUUUUUUUUACUUCUGUCCUGGACCUGAGAGCUUCCUCUCAGUUAUUAUUAACUCCGCCCUUUGCAGCUGUCUGUCAGCAUAGAGAGAGGACGAGACACAAUGUUUCUUCUUCAUCUGCUCCAAUGCCCUGCCUGUGCCAGGACUUAACUGGAUUGUGAUUUCCCAAUUGCUAAAUAUUUCAUUUAAACUUCAAAGAAUUGGAGUCACACGUGAAAAAGGUUAACACAAGUUAGAGGUGAUUUUAUGUGUUUUUUUUCGAUGGUGUAAAUUGUAGAGAAUUGACACUAUCUCUUUGGUCUCGAUGAGAGGUCUCUGUCUAACUUGGGGAAGCCGGUGUUUGGGACAAGUGCCUUUCCUUGUGUGCAAUGAGCAGGUUUUAGGGCAUUGUCCUCCAGUCUAUCUGUACGUUUUGUGAAUCUCACAGUGUGUGUCUCUGUUUCCGCAGUGUGUCCGUGCAGCUCCGUGGGCACUCAACCCAACGGCUGUGAUGACUAUGGACGCUGUUUGUGUAAACCUGAAUAUGGAGGACCCCGAUGUGACAAGUGCGAGUUAGGAUAUCACUCGUACCCUCAUUGCCAUGGUACGCUGGCUCCACCUAGUGCAAGCGAAGGAGAAUAGCAAGAUGGUCGAAUUUAGCCCCAAAUAACUGGUUUAAAAAAAUUACCCAACUCCAUUCUAAUCACAGUUCGGCUAUUUUUGCCUGAAUCUUGCAUUUGGGAGUUUAGUUAACUUCAUUUUGGAGUUUAGUGAAUAGCUUUUUUUUUUUUUAAAUAGUUUUGGCAAAUAUAGCUGAUUUGGAAGAAUGCUCCCUCUUAGUUGUGCAUCGUCAUUCAGUAAAGUUAGUAACAAAGUGAAUUUCAAGUUUAUAUUCGAACUGGCUAUAUCUCAAUCUGCUCUGCUUAGUUUGGCUACUCUGGCCUUAAAUUUGAAUUCUCUUUAAAUUCUCACUUUAGUUAGUAGCCUGUGAAUAUUUACUGAAUAAACAUUGCAGGGUCCUUCUCUAAACCGUGAAAUGUCUGGCUUUACCAGAAAAUCGCUAAUGUUUGGUCAAAUCGUCCCAUGGUUUCAGCGGAGCUACUUUGGCCUAAAUGUUUCAGUUCAGAUUUCCUCUCGCUAUAAUUCAUUGUUUAAUUAGUAAAACAAGCUGAGUUGGUGAAUUUUUCCAGUAAUUAUAAAAUAGCCGUGCCUGCGUGAAUAGAGAUAUUCUGUAUAUUUCUAUCUGGUUCUAGAGGGAAGCUAUCUCUGAAACAGAUUUAGAAGGACGAGGGGGUAUUUUAGUUUAACCCUUUGCAUGUUCUCCACGGUUACCUAAUUAAUGUAACGGAGGCCGUGGGUGAAUUUCUCUGCAUUUUGGUUCCGUCUGUUUUGAUGUAAACGAAUGGUAAUGUUGUUGAUUUUCUGUAUAUCUGUCUUUCUAACAUUAUUUGAUCUUUUGUUAAUAUGUAUUUUUCCUACAGCUUGUUCCUGUGACCCGCGUGGCUCCGAGGACAAUAUCUGCACCCAGACAGGUCAUUGUCAGUGUCGCCCCAACUAUUCGGGACAGAUGUGCAACCAAUGUGCACCCGGAUUUUACGGCUUUCCAGACUGCGCUGGUGAGUUAUCACACAUUACUAGUAACUGCCGUUCCCUUAGCGUGAUCUAUCCUGUUCCCUCCUGAGUCAUACAUCGUUUUACUCAUAAUGUCAUCCAUAGUCCCAUCGCAGUGAGGUCUGCUAGAAAAAAACAAGUCUGUGUUCAAACAAAACAAUCUACAAUGUGAAAACAUUUUGAUCUUCUGUGGAACUUAAUUUUUUUCUUCUAGUCAUUUGUGAUGAUUAAAUUUGAGUUUUUUAACGUGGAAAGCGAGAUCUCUUAAAUUAUUUGUUUUUCACUUCCCCCUCUUACAUGAUCAUUAAAGGACCACUAUAGUGCCAGGAAAACAAAUUUGUUUUCCUGGCACUAUGGUGCCCUGAGGGUGCCCCCACCCUCAGGGUCCCACUCCCGCCAGGCUGAAGGGGGUUAAACACUCACCUUUCUCCAGCGCCGGGCUCCCUCGGUGCUGGGGACUCUUCUCCUCCUUCCGACGUCAUCGGUUGAAUGUGCAUGCGCGGCAAGAGCGUGCAUUCAGCCAGUCCAUAGGAAAGCAUUCUCAAUGCUUUCCUAUGGACGCUGGCGUCUUCUCACUGUAAAAAUCACAGUAAGAAUCGCGGAAGCCCUCUAGCGGCUGUCAAUGAGACAGCCACUAGAGGCUGGAUUAACCCAUUUAUAAAUAUAGCAGUUUCUCUGAAACUGCUAUGUUUACAGCAGGCAGGGUUAACCCUAGAUGGACCUGGCACCCAGACCACUUCAUUAAGCUAAAGUGGUCUGGGUGCCUAUAAUGGUUCUUUAACCCCUUAAGGACACAUGACAUGUGUGACAUGUCAUGAUUCCCUUUUAUUCCAGAAGUUUGGUCCUUAAGGGGUUAAUCGAUGCAGUCGUUGUACACAGCUAGUUUGCCGCUGGGGUUUGAUAAGUUUAGUCCCUGUUGCUGUGGUUCAUUAUUAAACGCAGCCAUAAAGCGCUCCUGCCCCUCUCAUUCUCUGUUUCAUGUAUCUCUCGCUGACAAUGUCUAGGUUUGAGUGACUCUGUUUUCUGUUGGCAGCUUGUCAGUGUUCCCCAGAGGGGUCCCUGCACAGUAUGUGUGACCCCCAGAGUGGGCAGUGCAGGUGCCGCCAUGGAGUUGGGGGUCUGCGAUGUGAUGUGUGCGUCCCAGGAAUGUACGGCUUCCCAAACUGUGAAGGUAAAGCUGUGACAGACAAUGUACCCAAUAUACAACAUGUAACAGAAUCCCUCUUCUCAUUAAAGCUGGGGGACGGCUAGCCGGCUACUAAAUUGCCCCCAGUGUUGCUGAUCUCAGUUUCUAAUGAUCUUUAUUGCAGUGGGACCAUGUAACCCGUCCGGGUCUUCCUCGGUUAGCGUGAACCCUCCAGAGGUGAGUUUACAUUAUUAACACACAACCAGCCUGCAUUGACCGUAGAACAACUUAGUAAUUUCAAGUAAAAAAAUAAAUCCUUUCCAGCCUUAUUGUUACUGCUGCCGAUCCAAAAGAAGGUGAAAAAAAAAAAAAGAAUUAAAUCUGAUUUCUCCUUUAUUAUCAAUCUCCAAAGAAAAUAACAUAUUCCUCAUUAUACGAUACACAUCAUUUGUAAAACUGUCCUCGUCUUAGAAUAUGACAGCACAACCUCCCGAGACGGAGCAUAUACAUUUUUUAUUCUUAUUGUAAAAAGAAAAAAAAAUAACAAUUCUGCAAAUCCUUUUACUGACCAGCACGGGCCCUGUAUAUAUUUGUGUAAUUUUAUAUCCUCUAAUAAACUCCAUUUCUAGUGUAACACAUUUAUUCAGUUACCGUAUCUGCUGGGAUGAUGUUCUGUGCCCCCACUACUUUCUGGAAUAGUAAUCGUGGUGCCUAGCAUUCCACAGCAAUGCAGAUAAGGGGUUAAUGUGAGGAGAGAGGGGUAACCGGAGAUAGUGCUGUGGUUGCAGUAGUGCAGUAAUGACAGUCGGGUGAAGACAUGGGAAGAAUGAUCAAGCAGUGUAGGGUCUCACAGAUUCCACAGCUGCUUUCCCUGCAGCGAGCAGAAGGAAUUCACUUACACGGUGGCAUCAAGUGACAGGUGUCAUCGUUGAGCGCUUGAGAUCAGAGAGAGGGGGCGAGAUCAUGUAUUCUGGCGGUGAAGGAGUUACACGAUCUGGUCCUUUAAAGGGACAUGGGGCAGAGCGUGGUCAGGCAGUGGGAGGAGAGCAACCGUCUGGGAAGAUUUGGUGGCAGACGCCCCACAAAUCCUAUUGAAAUGCUUUUCUGCUCGUCCCCUCUCCUGGGGCAGUUAUGCUGGAAUCAUGGCUGGUGUUUCAUAUCGUCAUUCUGCUGUCUGCCAUUCCCCAGGGAUCCUGUGAGUGCCGGGAACACGUCGAAGGGACAGCCUGUGAUAAGUGUAAACCCCUAUACUGGAACCUGCUCCCCGAAAACCCACAGGGGUGCACAAGUAAGGAAUGCCAACUGCUUAUCUGCCAAACUGUGCCCGAGAAAAGGGCCCACUCUAAUUCAUCAAGACCUCUUCUCUGUCUCUUGCAGAAUGCCACUGCGGCUUCGAGGGCACCCUAAGUGGAGUGGGCGAAUGCCAACAAGUAAGCUUAUCCUGGUAUAGGACGGAUUGGUAGCCACUAGUGAAAUAAUCAGAUAUUUAGGAGGAAAUUGUGAUUUUAAUAUAAAAUGGAAACUGAUUGUUCUGAUUUAAAAACAAAAUAAGGAUGUUAUAAGACGUUAUCUAAUUAAUGUUUAUUAGUGAAUAAUUGUAUAGUUAGAAUGAAGUUUGAAAUGAAAGCUAAUUGGAAGAUACUGGUACUCAGUGUUAAAAGAGGAAAAUACCUUUUUUUAGGGGUUAAUGAAUUGGCUAUUUAAUCCUAAAUUUCACAAUGCUAUUUUCAAUUUCCUAAAAUUCACAAAUUAGUGAACCUGAUUAUAAAGAAAAUAAACCAUUCUGCAUUAAACUCCCAUCGCUGUGUGGGCUAUAAUAUCAUUAAAUAAUUAAUACUCAUAUUGAAAAUGUAAAUAUUUAGCAAAAUUGGUUCUUAGUUUUAUUUUCUGCCCAUAGAGUGCAAGCUCACCUGCCCACAUCCAGAUAAACCUGCUGAGUGCGUUCUUCUCACUCAGUGUAAUGAAACUUUGAGCAGAUCACUCGGUGUGCGUUCAGCCCAAAGCAAUCAAACUGUAAUCACAGAAAGCCAUGUUUUAAUCCAUUAUCUAGCACCUGAAACAUGGCUGACUCCCAUCACUGACAGGCAGCAGCACGACCAGUAAUAUUUAGCUAUAAUAACAUUUUAAUAUCCUUAGAUGAUGGCAGCACAGCUUUUGCUUCAUGUCCCCAGUCGGUGGCGUUUGCAGUAGUUUAUCGGAUAUCGCCAGCCUGGCACAGUUCGUCACGGAGUGGCUUUAUAGUUGCAUGCUCUGUGCUUGGUGAUGUUUACACGUUUUAUAACAGUAAAUAGAUAAUAAGGGCUAAUAAUAGGAGCAGCGUUAAUGGCAAGCUGCGUCCAUAUUGUGUCUGACUGAGAUUACAUCCUGGAAAGGACCCUGUAAUCAAUAUACGAUGGUUUGUAACCCUAGCGGAUGGGUCAGAGAGUCUUGAGGAGGAUGGUAGCGAAGGUUAUCUGGGGAUAUGGAGAUUAUAUUAUCAUGUAGAACUGAAGGGGGGAGGGAGACAUUAACUAAUCCUGUUAGUUCGAUGUUAUAGGCGCUAAACGAGCGCUAUUUGCAAUAUAUAACCGCCCUCGGACUGGCGUAAUGCUGAUCUCUGUUUGUUUCACAGGCCUCCGGACAGUGCUUCUGUAAGCCCAACAUAUGCAGCCGGUCCUGCAGCAGCUGCAAAGAUGGAUUCUACAACCUGGAACCCAACAGCUACUUUGGGUGUCAGGGUGAGUGCCAGCUCUUUGGGUUCCCAGUAAGACGCUCUCCAGUUCAUGGCGGUGUAUUGGCAUCCAGAAAGUGAAAACAGUAUCAGGCUCAGUUAGAGCCCUCUGUCCCCCUGACUCCCUACACUGGAUAUUGUGGCUCUCUGUCCCCCUGAUUCCCCACGUUGGAUGUUGGGGUUCUCUAUCCCCCUGACUCACUACGCUGGAUGUUGGGGCUCACUGUCCCCCUGAUUCCCUACGUUGAUUGUUGGGGCUCUCUUUCCCCCUGAUUCCCCACGUUGGAUGUAGGGGCUCUCUGUCCCCCGGAUUCCCCACGUUGUAUGUUGAGGCUUCCUGUCCCUCUGAUUCCCUACUCUGGAUGUUGGAGCUCACUGUCCCCCUGACUCCCUACAUUGGAUGUUGGGGCUCUCUGUCCAUCUGAUUUCCUACACUGGAUGUUGGGGCUCACUGUGUCCCCGAUUCUUUAUGCUGGAUGUUGGGGCUCUCUGUCCCCCUUACUCCCUAUGUUGGAUGUUGGCACUCACUGUCCCCCUGAUUCCCCACGUUAGAUGUUGGGACUCUCUGUCCCCCCAAUUCCCUACGUUGGAUGUUGGGGCUCUCUGUCACUCUGACUCACUAUACUGGAUGUUGGGGCUCACUGUCCCCCUAAUUCCCUAUAUUAGAUGUUGAGGCUCUCUGUCCCCCUGACUCCCUACGUUGGAUGUUGGGGCUGUCUGUCCCCCUGACUCCCUAUGUUGGAUGUUGGGGCUCCCUGUCCCUCUGAUUCCCUACACUGGAUGUUGGGGCUCACUGUGUCCCUGAUUCCCUUUGCUGGAUGUUGGGGCUCACUGUCCCCCUUACUCCCUAUGUUGGAUUUUGGGGCUCUCUGUCCCCUGAUUCUCUAUGCUGGAUGUUGGGGCUCUCUGUCCCCCUAAUUCCCCACGUUGGAUGUAGGGGCUCUCUGUCCCCCGGAUUCCCCACGUUGUAUGUUGAGGCUCCCUGUCCCUCUGAUUCCCUACUCUGGAUGUUGGGGCUCACUGUCCUCCUGAUUCCCUACAUUGGAUGUUGGGGCUCUCUGUCCAUCUGAUUUCCUACACUGGAUGUUGGAGCUCACUGUGUCCCCGAUUCCCUAUGCUGGAUGUUGGGGCUCUCUGUCCCCCUUACUCCCUAUGUUGUAUGUUGGCGCUCACUGUCCCCCUGAUUCCCCAUGUUAGAUGUUGGGGCUCUCUGUCCCCCCAAUUCCCUACGUUGGAUGUUGGGGCUCUCUGUCACUCUGACUCACUACGCUGGAUGUUGGGGCUCACUGUCCACCUAAUUCCCAAUAUUAGAUGUUGGGGCUCUCUGUCCCCCUGACUCCUUACGUUGGAUGUUAGGGCUCCCUGUCCCUCUGAUUCCCUACACUGGAUGUUGGGGCUCACUGUGUCCCUGAUUCCCUAUGCUGGAUGUUGGGGCUCUCUGUCCCCUGAUUCUCUAUGCUGGAUGUUGGGGCCCUCUGUCCCUCUGAGUUCGUGCUGUGGUAUUGAUACUGGUGAAGGAUGGGAAGUGCUUUGUGCAGAGUGUGGGGUACAUUCCUUUCUAAUUGGAUAGCUGGAGAAUCUCUUUAAUUCCCUGUUAGGAGCGCGGUUUCGUUCCUCUGCUUGGCAGUGCUAAGCUCUCUAUUAAUAUCCUGUCCUGCCUUCCUGAGUAACACUUUAUUGAGCAGGUGUUUGUCAUCGGCAGGGUGCCAGUGUGACAUCGGAGGAUCCAUCGGCUUGGCGUGCCACGAAGAGAGCGGCGAAUGCCAGUGCCGGGAAAACGUUGAAGGAUCGCAGUGUAACCGGUGAGUCGUGUUUUGACCUCAAAAAGAGCAGUGUGAACGUGUGGCCCAGAGAGCUAGCACUCAGACAAUACAGAAUGUUACGCCAGGCUGAGCCAUGACACAUUCUGACUUGUGUUGUGUCAUUUAACUACAAUCAAUAAGCAAAAUCCACAUGGAGAGACAAAACUACUAUUAAACAAUCAAUAUUAGCUAGGUGCAAACAAUACAAGCACUCCUUCAAAUGCUUAAACACUAUAAUCACUAUAUAAUAUAGAAUGCACACUAUAACACUGAUAUUAAAUAGAAACCUUUAAUAACUAUGCAAAAAAAGAAUAUUAUUACAUAUUGUACAAAUCGGAACAGAGUAACAAUACAAGGCAAAUUGCACACAAAAAAUAUAUGUAACCAAACCGUACAAGCCUCAAGGCGGAGACACAGAGAAUCAAGGGUACCUUUGAUAAAGGCAGCCAGUUGGUGCCGAAACGUUGGGGUAGUUGGUGACUUGUGUCUCUGCCUUGAGGCGUGUACAGUUUGGUUACAUAUAUUUUUUUGUGUGCAAUUUGCCUUUACUGUUAUUCUGUUCCGAUUUGUACAAUAUGUAAUAAUAAUCUUUUUUUGCAUAUUUAUUAAAGGUUUCUCUUUAAUAUCAGUGAGUGUUAUAGUGUGCAUUCUAUAUUAUAUAGUGAUUAAACUACAAUCCGUUAUGUUAAAAAAUAUCUGUUUAAACAUUCAUCUGUAUGACAUCAUCAGUUACAUCAUUACACUGUGUUAUAAGUAACCUUUCUUUUACGGUUAUUUAAUUACAAUAUUACAGUGUUACCAAUUACAAACAUACUGUAUGCUUAUGCUUGUUUCUUUGUUUUGUAAACUGAAAACUACGUCUCCAAGACCAGAAAAAAACAAAAAAAGCUUGUUUACUACUCACCUGCUCAAUCACUCACUGUGCUGGGUGCAUUAUGGGAUAAUCUAAACCCCUGACUGUUUCCAGAGUCCCGCACCAGUCAUAAACUGUGUUAGAAGAUUUAAAAAGACAGAAAAAAGCAUCAAAUCAGGAAAAAGGGACUACGUGGAAUAUUAUUUAAUUUUAGAAAACAAAUCCUUUUUUAUGUAAUUAAAUUUGUGCUUUAUAUUAUUAAUAUUUUUUUUAUUAUAUCGCUUCCUGCCCCCUAACAGGCCAUCUCAAGGCUUUUACUUUCCCGACCUUCACCACUUGAAGUACGAGGUGGAGGAUGGCGUGUCGGCGGAUGGCAGACCUGUUCGCUUUGGUUAUAACCCCUUGGAGUUUGAGAAUUUCAGCUGGCGAGGCUAUGCACAAAUGUCUCCCGUCCAGGUACUGCGUAACAUCCAGCAACCACGCAGGGUUAAUCAAUAGACACUCCGUAUUGGACAGAAUUUAACAUUUCGAAAAUUAUCCAGGCUGUGUCUGGAGUGGAGUUCUGCUCAUUGGUGUAAAUUUCGCCAUUCUGAUUUUAAUUUUGCUGACAGAGUAAUUCUGUCAGGCUGUUCGCUGCGUCGCGGUAUGGAUCAGAAAAAGCUGUUUCUUACGUGUGUGGCAAUUAGCGCACAGCAAUUUCCCCCACGCUCAUACAGUAUUUAUAAUGCAGUAAAUAUAGCAAUGUCCUGCGCCACGCGCUCUGCCACCAUAUCCACCUCUGAGCGGGACAGAAGGUGGCGCACGUGCUGUGCAUUAUUCCGAGCGUUAGAAGGCUAUACUAAAAUAUUUAUCGUGGGCUGAUUUUUAUCCCCCAUCCUGUUACGCCACAUUCAAGAUGGCUGCCUCUUUGGGGUCUGGGAAAGGCACCAAAAAGAACUUAUUAUUAUUCAUUAUAUUCAUUAUAACGUAAUAGACACAGAGGCUGCAAUACAUAGAGUUGUUUAUUUUCAAUACUAAAAAAAAAUUAUUAUAGUUUUUUUUUUUUCAAUUUAGAUUUUUUAUUUGAGUAUACAGCAAAGUGCACAGAUAACACAUGGAAUCUGAUAAAUGCAAUAUAAUGUCAGUUCAUAACCAGUCGAUAAAGAGACACGUACCAUCAAGGAGUUAGUCAGGCUGCCAUUGCAAAAUGAUGACAGUUUUCCUUUAAAUCCAACCCAUGCAUUUCAUGACAUAAAGGGAUUCGUGGCUUGCAUUGGCCCAGGUCGUUCAGGGGUUAAACCCGGCUAUAUGUUUGGUAAAGAACAGAAUAAUAUAUGCAUUGGCCCCAGCGUUACUGUGUAUCUCCCGUUUCUUUAAAACAACAGUGUAAGUUAACUCUUUGAGUGCUGGCAUGCAUGUCUUUAUACCACGAUCAUACAGUCUGUCUGUCUUUCGCAGCCCAAGGUUGUGCUAACCAUCAAUGUCACCUCUCCGGACCUCUUCCGAGUGGUUUUCCGAUAUGUGAAUCGUGGGCCGGACAGCGUGAGCGGGACAGUGACAUUCCGGGAGGACAGCAGAUCAAAUGCUUGUGCCAACUGUAAGUAUAGUGUCUGUCCCCUCUUUUAUCCGUGGUACAUUCCAGCAGGCGGGCACGGAGACUCAGUAAGCUGUGGAAUGUCUCAUUAGAGCUCGCUGAGAGGGGAGAAGGAGACGCAGGCUUAAUGCUGUCUAAUUUACUUGUCUCUUUCAUCGCUUCUUGUGAAACAUUAUUCCCAGAAUUUAAUAACGAGCCUGCACUAUUUCACACCUAAAAAGUGUUCUGUGAGGCUCCAGGGGCCCUAUCUCUGCCCGAGGACCCCGUAUUCAUUUCUUCCCGUAGUUAUAUCAUCUAUAACUCUUUUUUUGGCCAGAGAGCUCUUAGUAAACGAAUGCUCAAAAUUACGCACCAGCCAUAAAAUAAAAUGCGUCGGUGAAUUGUAGAGUUGUAUGUUUAUAUAUAUAUAUAUAUAUAUAUAUAUAUAUAUAUAUAUGUUAACCCCUUCAUAAAGUGCUAGGUCCCUUAUCAAGUAAUGAUCUUUCUCUUGCCAUGAAAGGGUUAACCCCCUGAGUGCCUUUUACGUUCUCUUCCAUGGCGCUGAGAAUUCCUCAUCGCUGUGGCCGGAUGUUAUGAUUCUGCUUAAUAUUUCCUAUUUUUUCCCUUUGCAGGCUCUGAACAGUCCAAGCAGAUAACCUUCCCACCAAGUACCGACCCCGCAUUCGUGACCAUCCCGCAGGGCAGUUUUGGGUCACCGUUUGUCCUGAAUCCCAACACGUGGUCAGUGAAAAUAGAGGUGGAAGAUGUUCUGCUGGUGGGUUACUUAUUGUUUGAUUAUACAAUGUGUCCGUGUUGCUGUCAGUCUCUGUUCUCACUGCCAAGUCUCUUGUAGGAUUAUCUGGUUCUCUUGCCCAGCGCAUAUUACGAAGCCCCAAUCCUGCAGGUGAAAGUCACAGAGCCGUGCAGCUACUUACCGUCUGCAGACCAGACCACCAACAAGUAAGAGAUCCCAACACUCCGCGUACGCUAGAACACUAUAUAGUGCCUCAUUAUGUCUUACUUUUGCCCAGAGUAGUUAGAAGGGGUCAGAGAUCAGCUCACUGUCUCACUGUCGCUCUGUCUUUUUCAGCUGCCUUCUCUACAAAUACCUGUCGCUGGAUGGAUUUACAUCUGCACAAGGAAGUGAUGGGAUAUGCCGCCUCGAUAAUAAUCUGCCCAGACCGUGCCAAGCUGAACGCAUUACUCCCCGGCACCCACCCAUGGUGAUGUGUUAUGGAAACGAUGUAAGUAUGAACAUCAGAGAUUACUGAGACGCUAACCGCUAGAUUGGGAUAUACUGAGACGCUAACUGCUAGCUCAGGAUAUACUGAGACACUAACUGCUAGCUUGGGAUAUACUGAGACGCUAACUGCUAGCUUGGGAUAUACUGAGACACUAACUGCUAGCUUGAAAUAUACUGAGGCAUUAACUGCUAGCUUGGGAUAUAGUGAGACACUAACUGCCAGCUCGGGAUAUACUGAGACACUAACUGCUAGCUUGGGAUAUACUGAGACACUAACUGCUAGCUUGAAAUAUACUGAGGCAUUAACUGCUAGCUUGGGAUAUAGUGAGACACUAACUGCCAGCUCGGGAUAUACUGAGACACUAACUGCUAGCUUGGGAUAUACUGAGACACUAACUGCUAGCUUGAAAUAUACUGAGGCAUUAACUGCUAGCUUGGGAUAUAGUGAGACACUAACUGCCAGCUCGGGAUAUACUGAGACACUAACUGCUAGCUUGAAAUAUACUGAGGCAUUAACUGCUAGCUUGGGAUAUACUGAGACACUAACUGCCAACUCGGGAUAUAGUGAGACACUAACUGCCAGCUCGGGAUAUACUGAGACACUAACUGCCAGCUCGGGAUAUAGUGAGACACUAACUGCCAGCUUGGGAUAUACUGAGACGCUAACUGCCAGCUCUGGAUAUACUGAGACGCUAACUGCUAGCUCUGGAUAUACUGAGACACUAACUGCCAGCUUGGGAUAUAACGAGACACUAACGGCUAGCUUGGGAUAUACUAAGACACUAACUGCCAGCUCGGGAUAUAGUGAGACAGUAACUGCCAGCUCGGGAUAUAGUGAGACACUAACUGCUAGCUUGGGAUAUACUGAAACACUAACUGCUAGCUUGGGAUAUACUGAGACACUAACUGCUAGCUUGGGAUAUACUGAGACACUAACUGCUAGCUUGGGAUAUACUGAGACACUAACUGCUAGCUUGGUAUAUACUGAGACACUAACUGCCAGCUUGGGAUAUACUGAGACACUAACUGCUAGACUGCUAGCUCGGGAUAUACUGAGACACUAACUGCUAGCAUAGGAUAUACUGAGACACUAACUGUUAGCUUGGGAUAUACUGAGACACUAACUGCUAGCUUGGGAUAUACUGAGACAGUAACUGCUAGCUUGGGAUAUACUGAGACAGUAACUGCUAGCUCGGGAUAUACUGAGACACUAACUGCUAGCUUGGGAUAUACUGAGACACUAACUGCUAGCUCGGGAUAUACUGAGACACUAACUGGUAGCUCGGGAUAUACUAAGACACUAACUGCUAGCUCGGGAUAUACUGAGACACUAACUGCUAGCUUGGGAUAUACUGAGACACUAACUGUUAGCUUGGGAUAUACUGAGACACUAACUGCUAGCUUGGGAUAUACUGAGACACUAACUGCUACCUUGGGAUAUACUGAGACACUAACUGCUAGCUUGACUCCCGACAUCCAGGUUGAUGUCCAGUUCCGUCUCUUGGUUCCUCACCCGGGCCGGUAUGUGGUUUUGGUGGAAUAUGCCAACGAGGAGGAAGUACAGCCCACCAGUGUCACGUUACAUUCACCUCCGCACCACCCCCAGCAGGGAACCAUCAAGUUCUAUCCGUGUAAAUUCAGGUCAGUAACCCUGCGUUCAAACUGCGCUCUUUAAAUGCUAAACUCUGCUAGCAGGACCUGUCUUUUAGUGGAAUGUAUAGGUGUAAAUAAAACUUUAUUCCUUUUCACAGUUUCCUGUGCCGUGGGGUCGUCCUCGAUGCACAGCACAGAGUGGCCAGCUUUGAUAUCAGCACAGAAGCCAUUAUUCGCUUUACGGCAGAUCAGACGCGGUUCCAUUUAGUGAGUGCGCACUUUUCUGAACCAGCCUGCUUUAGCGCUGUGAUUUCGCAUCUUACUAAUGUACCCGUUUUGUGUUUUCCAACAGGCGAAGAUCUACUUGAUCCCAAGUGAGCAGUUUACCAUGGAGUAUAUUCAGCCACGUGUUCACUGUAUAGCCGUCCACGGAUCAUUUUCUCCCAGCAGGUAGCGUGUUUGAAUUUUUAGAGAUUAAAGCCUCUCAUUUCGCCUGCGUUUCCUUAUUCUGUGUUUGCUGAUCUGCAGUGGGUCCUGCGUUCCUUCACGCUUCCAGAAGCCAUCUCAGUCUGUGGUUCUAAGAGAGGGAAAGGUGGGAUCGGUCCCAGACAACAUUCCUCUGUCCCACGGUUUCCUGACACCACACACAGAUGGUCACCAAGUUCCCACCCACCCAGACCCCCUGCCACCAACUGCAAUAGAUGCCACAAAGCUAAUUCAUCUACAUAGCCCACAGGUGUGCAACUAAAAAUAACACGUUACACAAAUAAAAAUCCUGUUUAUUAAUCUAUUUUGCCCUAUUCUUUGUAUAAUUUGUAGAUUUAAUCCUUACGGUUCUCUGUUGUUUCUUUUUCUAUUUCUGUCGCUCUGGGUAGACCGUUGUGGGGUACAACGGGCGUGUUCAAUCCCCAGGACGUUACGCUUUCGUGGUACAUUAUUACCAGCCUUCCCAGCCGACCUUCACCAUCGAGGUGCUUGUUCAUGGGGGCCGGGUAUGGCAAGGUAAGAAUACCGUAUUGCUCGAUCAGUCAGAGCACUUGUAUCUGUAUACAGUAAUUAGAGGAUCACCUAACAGAUGCCGUGGCUAGAAAAUAUAUCACUCCGUACCAUGUAGCUUGCGGGUCUGAGGGUUCCGUGUGCUGGGAGAUCAUUGGGUCAUAGUUUUGGUCUUUGCAUAUUGUGGAAUAAAAAAUGAGACUGCAUUACAGAUCAAUACAGAAAGUAAAAUAGCAGUCGCCAUGAUGCUUAUACCAGGCGAUCUUGUCUUUACACCCGGUAAAAGCUGUGCCGCGCGUGAGAAAUUCAUGGUUUUUAUUGAAAGUAAUGAGAAACUGCUUUAGGAAGGUGAUAGAUUUUGAAUCUACAACACAAAUCGCGGCUAUUUGUAUCGAUUUGGCCCUUGGCAGUGAGAACAGAGACUGACACAGCGUAGAUUUUUAUUUUGUUGUAUUGGCUGAUUUCUCACCAGGAAGAUAUUAUCACUGUGUUCUCACCAGGAGGAUAACAAGUCCAUAUUUCCCUUAUUUAAGGUUCUGCAAAUGCCACGUACUGCCCUCACGGUUACGGCUGCCGGAGCUUGGUUGUCUCUGAGAACCACGUUGUUCUAGAUGUGACGGAUAACGACCUGACGGUGACCGUGCGUGUUCCUGGCGGGAAGAUAAUCUGGCUGGUAAGUGAAAACCACGCAUUUUGUGCCGUGACCAAUGUUGACAAUAUGGGCCUUAUCUGGCUAAGUCUUUAACUUGCUGUUUGUUUGGCUAGGAAUACAUUCUGGUGAUCCCCGAAGACAGUUACAGCUCCAGCUAUCUGGUAGAAGAACCGUUGGACAAAUCCUAUAAUUUUAUCAGUCAGUGCGGAGCCAACAGCUUCCAGAGCAAGUAAGGACUUUAUAAACGUGGCAUGAAAUGGGUUUAACAUCACUGAGGAUGUAACCAAUUCCACUGCAAAUAAUUUGUACAAAUAGAAUCGUAAAUAAAGGACACUUACAGGAAGUCAUUGGGCAGUAAUUUCAUUUAAAAGAUAAUAUGUCCUAUCUUUAUUGUGCCAGUGCCGGCUGGUAAACUGCAUGUCCCAUAAGCCUUUUCCUGCCUCAUUUGCAUUGUUUUUGGCUGGUUGAGGUUUGCGGGAGUUGCGGUCAGCAUGUUGCCGCCUUUUGAUCACGUGACUGACACUCCUUGUUUACGCUGCACACUGCGAUACAGCCAUUACGGCAGGUAUCUUGUCUGCUGCCUGUGUAGGUGAUUCGCCAUUUCUCCUGCAUUUCUGAUUGUGCGCUCUUUGACAUGUCUGACUUCUCUUCCCAGCCCGGCCCCAUUCAAGUUCUGCCGAGACGCUGCUGUCUCCCUGUCGCUUUUUUACAAUAAUGGUGCCCAGCCGUGUAACUGCCACGAAGCUGGCGCUGUGGGUGCGUCCUGUGAGCCGUACGGAGGGCAGUGCACCUGCCGCCCACAUGUAAUUGGAAGAGAUUGUUCCCACUGUGCCGUGGGAUACUGGGCUUUCCCAAACUGCAGACGUGAGUGUCAAAACGAACACUGGGAAUGGGAAUUAAAUAAUCUUAAAUUAAAAUCCGAGAGCAAAAGGAAUCCGUUAAUAUGAAUCAAAUGUGUUAUUAUUAAAUUAUUAUAAUUUAUUAUUAUUAGAGCUGGCUUUGUGAUGCACAUUUUACAUAUUUAUUUUAUUAUUUGUGUACACACUCUGUGUGUCACUGCUUGUUCUUGUAUUUGCCACAAGGUGGUGCAGUGUGCCUGUUUGUAGUUGUAUUGUGGUAUAAGGUGUGCUAAAUAACCAACCGUUAUUUCCUGUGCAGCUGAAUGGGAUGUGUAGAAAAGUCAAGUAUUUUCCAUUCUACCGUUAAAAUCUGCUAUUUUCUGCAUUUUUGUUAACACAUUAUUGAGAUUCUGUGGAUUUAUUGUUGAAUAUGUGCUAACACCCCCCUCCCUCCCCUUCUCCCAGCCUGUGAAUGCGGCUCUCGCCUUUGUGAUGAGGUGACCGGUCAGUGUAUCUGCCCCCCUCGCACCGUGAAGCCGGAAUGCACAGUUUGCCAGCCACAGACAUUCGGUUGUCAUGCACUUAUUGGCUGUGAGAAUUGCGACUGCUCCAGAACCGGACUGCAGAACAUGACAGAGCUAGGAUGUGAUAUCCACACCGGACAGUGCACGUGAGUGACGGCUAGAGAGAGAGAACUGUGAUGGCGUAGAGAGGGAGAACUGUGAGCGACGGCUAGAGAGGGAGAACUGUGAGCGACGGCUAGAGAGGGAGAACUGUGAGUGACGGCGUAGAGGGGGAGAACUGUGAGUGACGGCGUAGAGGGGGAGAACUGUGAGUGACGGCAUAGAGGGGGAGAACUGUGAGUGACGGCAUAGAGGGGGAGAACAAUGAGUGACAGGUUAGAGAAGGAGAGCCAUGAAUGACAGGUUAGAGAAGGAGAGCCGUGAGUGACAGGUUAGAGAAGGAGAGCCGUGAGUGACGGCUUAGAGAGGGAGAGCCGUGAGUGACGGCUUAGAGAGGGAGAGGAAUGAGUGACGGCUUAGAGAGGGAGAGCCGUGAGUGAUGGCUUAGAGAGGGAGAGCUGUGAGUGACAGCUUAGAAAUGGAGAAUGAUGAGUGACAGGUUAAAGAAGGAGAGCCGUGAGUGAUGGCUUAGAGAGGAAGAACCAUGAGUGACGGUGUAGAGAGGGAGAGCUGUGAGUGGAUUUAUAAAGUUCUGGUUUACUGAGCUGGUGAAGUCUCUCCUGAAUGUAUUAAGGGGAACGGUUUCUGUGCAGAAUUGAUAGAAUGUCUACAGACUUACUAUUAAUUAAUAUUAUGUUAAUUAUGAUCAAUUCGUUUAUAACGUGUCACGCUCUUUUCUGUAGGUGUAAGCCAAACAUCAUGGGCAGAAGGUGUGAUAAAUGUGCCCCUGGCUACUUUGGUUACCCCAACUGCAGGCCGUGUGAAUGUAACCGGGCAGGUACAGAGCCCAGCAUCUGUGACCCAGUGUCUGGCCAGUGUCAUUGCAAGGUGAGUGCCAUGUCACGUAUCCCCUGAGAACCCCAGCAAAACGUGGCAAGGACGGCAUCCUCUGCCAGUUACGGUCCUGCCAUGUGUUUUCUGUCAUUGUUCCUCUCCCCCACGCGCUGAGCUUUCUCUAGUAAUUACUGGACAGUUAAUAGAGUUCAGUUUAUGUUAAUUGAAGGGAACUUGCUUUAAUAAAUGUGUGGUAAAAAAUGUCAUGCUUCGUAUCAUAAAAACUUUACUUUAAAAUUAAGAAUGGGUGCUUCAUUAUGGGGUUUUUAUCUUGGUGAAGAUCAUACGACAUCAGUUCCUCUAUCAAACAAAACACAGACUGGUCAAUAGGGCUUUGCAGUUCAUUGUUCUGUACGGUCACUGUUUAGUGGAUGAACCCAUAGAAAUGAAGGCAAGUGAGUUGGAUCAUUAAGUUAAGCUAGUUUGAGCAGUAUUGGUUAUUAGGUCAGUUUUUGGGAAGUGGGGAGAUGUCAGAGACCCACGACACACAUUAACCUCUACCUGUCCAAACUGAUUGUUUACUUCAUGUCUUCCUCCAGGAAAAUGUGGAGGGGCUGAGCUGUGAGCGAUGCCGCCUGGGCACUUUCUACCUGGACGGUGACAAUCCCAAGGGCUGCACCAGAUGUUUCUGUUUUGGAGCCACUGAUCGUUGCCACACAGGGUCCAAAUAUCGGGCAGAGGUUGGUACGAUAUCCUGAAAGUGACCAUUAUCUCUAUAUAAACCUGCGUGUAGUGUCCAAGUUUAACUCUUUACCCUUCACAGUUCAGCGACAUGACUGGCUGGGUACUGGUAGGGGGAGAUCGGCAGGAAGUGGAGACCUCCGUACAGCCAAAUGAGGGGCUUGUUACAGCUGAUCUGUCAGAUAUUCCAGAUGUUUACCAAGAAUUCUAUUGGCUUGCGCCACGCAGCUACCUCGGAGAUCGGGUUAGUGUUUGCCCACACAGUGUGGGAUCGAUCAUACUUUUUUCUACUUGGAUCCUGAUAAUAUUUUCUACCUGUUAUGCUGUAGCAGUUGGGGUGAUUAAAACCUAAGUAAUCGGGCACUGUACACGUCCAGUGCUGUAAGGUACGUAGUGCAAAACUACAAAUCCCAGACAAGCAGAUGGACCUGUAUCCCCAUGAGCUUCCAUUUAUCUGGAGUGGGCUCUGGGGUGGGCUGAGCUUCCAUUUAUCUGGAGUGGGCUGAGCUUCCCUUUAUCUGGAGUGGGCUGAGCUUCCAUUUAUCUGGAAUGGGCUGAGCUGCCAUUUAUCUGGAGUGGGCUGAGCUGCCAUUUAUCUGGAGUGGGCUGAGCUUCCAUUUCUCUGGAGUGGGCUGAGCUUCCAUUUAUCUGGAGUGGGCUGAGCUGCCAUUUAUCUGGCGUGAGCUGAGCUGCCAUUUAUCUGGAGUGGGCUGAGCUUCCAUUUAUCUGGAGUGGGCUGAGCUUCCAUUUAUCUGGAGUGGGCUGAGCUUUCAUUUAUCUGGAGUGGGCUGAGCUUUCAUUUAUCUAGAGUGGGCUGAGCUUUCAUUUAUCUGGAGUGGGCUGAGCUUUCAUUUAUCUGGAGUGGGCUGAGCUGCCAUUUAUCUGGAGUGGGCUGAGCUGCCAUUUAUCUCGAGUGGGCUGAGCUGCCAUUUAUCUCGAGUGGGCUGAGCUGCCAUUUAUCUCGAGUGGGCUGAGAUUCUGUUUGGCUUUGUAGUUGCCCUGAUUGAGAUGUUCACAGUACUAAAAGCUGCAGGAUUGGGUAAAACACUAUAAAGCUGUAAAUAUUGAUAUUCUCUGUGCAGGUUUCUUCUUAUGGUGGAUCUCUGCGAUAUGAGCUCCACUCGGAGGCCCUGAGAGGAGAUCCUCUUUAUAUACCAGUGGAACGACGGGCAGACGUCAUCUUGAAGGUAUGGCGCUGUUUUGGCACUGCUGGGCAAGACUUGCAUUGUGUGCAUAGUGUUCAUAAUUGGGAUUCACAGUGAAAGCCGAGGUACGACUCAGAUAUUGGCCUUAUUUUGCAGGGAAAUCAGAUGAGCAUUGCCUACCUGGAGACCAGGUACCCCGCACCGGGUGAAAGCCACCAGAGACAAAUUUAUUUGCUUGAGGUAAGUGGGGCAUGAGGGUACUGAGGGGGAGUGGACAGAAUGUGGGGAGGUGGAGUGUGGUUUGAUGAUCAGGUUCUGUAACACAUUGCUGACUGAUUGCUUGCAGGGGAACUUCAUCCACACUCAGACCCAUAACCCGGUUUCUCGAGAGGAUCUCAUGAUGGUUCUGACUAAUCUGGAGCAGCUGCAGAUCCGCGCUCUGAACUCCCAAUCAUCGUCUUCCGUAUCUCUGCGUAGAGUCAUCCUGGAGAUCGGACAAGAGACAAGAGGCGAUAACCAAGCCAGGAACGUAGAGCUGUGUCUGUGCCCCGCCAACUACCGUGGGGACUCCUGCCAGGUACUGCCAGCCGUGCAUGCCCUGAUUCCCCAAUAACCGUUUCUGCCACAAACCAUGCCAUGUUCAGGCAUUGGCUCCUUGGUUACCCAUGACAAAGCAAGCUAUUGUUUAUAGCAUUUCAUUUGUGGAAAAGAUUAGACAAGGAUAUUAUCAUUAGAUAAUGUAAAUAGAGUAAUAAAGUGUUUGACAAACUAAAAACAGAGGCAAAACUCUUUCACGUCUGUUAAAAAAAAUUAUCUUUACUGUAUUGUGACUGAACCGAUGGGAUGUUUUCCUUUGUGUGCAUUUCAGUAUAUUCUAUGUGUCUGAUCGUAAUGUAGCUUGUUACUGUUUUCUUUGAUGUUUGACCUGUUGAUUCCUCUUCUAAUCAUUUAUCAAUCUGCUUGUCACCUCUUUGUCCUGAAGGAGUGCGCUCCUGGCUUCUACAGGGACACCAAGGGUCUCUUUUUGGGUAAAUGUGUGCCCUGUAACUGCAGCGGCCAUUCUGACCAGUGUUUGGCAGGAUCAGGCGCCUGCGUGGUGAGUUGGUGUCAUGGUUGGUUGGUCAGGAUUGGUUGUUUGGUAACGUUGCAGUCCAAUCAUAAUAUGUUUCUUUACUCUCCAUAGACAUGCCAACACAAUACGGAGGGCAAAUAUUGCGAGCGUUGUAAGGACGGCUUUGUGGCUAACAGGACAUUGGACGGCUCCUUGCAGUGCGUCUCCUGCCCGUGUCCCCUCAGUGUGCCCUCCAACAAGUGAGUAAAUAUUAGAAGAAUGAAAAACACUAAGUUUACUCUCAAUAACAGAUUUGCUAAAUGAAGUUCUAACAAAGAAUGCGUUUCCAUGUCUGUCUUCAGGCAGUUGCUAAAUUAUUCCCCUAUAUUUGAUUGAAGUGUGGUUACGUCGAACCUUCCACAGACCAUUAAUUGUGGAAAUUAUUCAGUAAAUCGGGAAUUGUGGAGAAUUGAUGAGGCAAAUGUACAACAAAAUAGCAAAACUGUAAAAUAUCCAGCUGGUCUGUUUUAGGCUAAACAUUUUCACUUUCUCAAUUCCCUGUAGUUUCCAUCUUGGUGAAUAAUCUUUUCUUUGUUUUUAUUAGUCCUAUUCGAGACACCCUUAGAGGGGCCAUUUGCAGAGCUCUUUCGCUCACAUGAUAGUGUUAACAGUCUCUGUAAUAAAGUAUUGGGCAGAUUCCGGGGAUUGUGGGUAAAACAUUCUACAGUGCUCAAAAAAAUAAAGGGAACACUAAAAAAACACAUCCUAGAUCUGAAUGAAUUAAAUAUUCUUCUGAAAUACUUUGUUCUUUACAUAGUUGAAUGUGCUGACAACAAAAUCACACAAAAAUUCAAAAAUGGAAAUCAAAUUUUUCAACCCAUGGAGGUCUUGAUUUGGAGUCACACUCAAAAUUAAAAUGGAAAAACACACUACAGGCUGAUCCAACUUUGAUGUAAUGUCCUUAAAACAAGUCAAGAUGACGCUCAGUAGUGUGUGUGACCUCCAUGUGCCUGUAUGACCUCCCUACAACACCUGUGCAUGCUCCUGAUGAGGUGGCGGAUGGUCUCCUGAGGGAUCUCCUCCCAGACCUGGACUAAAGCAUCUACCAACUCCUGGACAGUUGGUGGAUGGAGCAAGACAUGAUGUCCCAGAUGUGCUCAAUUGGAUUCAGGUCUGGGGAAUGGGCGGGCCAGUCCAUAGCAUCAAUGCCUUCGUCUUGCAGGAACUGCUAACACACCACAGCCACAUGAGGUCUAGCAUUGACCAGGGCCAACCGCACCAGCAUAUGGUCUCACAAGGGGUCUGAGGAUCUCAUCUCAGUACCUAAUGGCAGUCAGGCUACCUCUGGCGAGCACAUCGAGGGCUGUGCGGCACCCAAAGAAAUGCCACCCCACACCAUUACUGACCCACUGCCAAACCGGUCAUGCUGGAGGAUGUUGCAGACAGUAGAAUGUUCUCCACGGUGUCUCCAGACUCUGUCACAUGUGCUCAGUGUGAAACUGCUUUCAUCUGUGGAGAGCACGGGGCGCCAGUGGCGAAUUUGCCAAUCUUGGUGUUCUCUGGCAAAUGCCAAACGUCCUGCACGGUGUUGGGCUGUAAGCACAACCCCCACCUGUGGACGUCAGGCCCUCAUACCACCCUCAUGGAGUCUGUUUCUGACUGUUUGAGCAGACACAUGCACAUUUGUGGCCUGCUGGAGGUCAUUUUGCAGGGCUCUGGCAGUGCUCCUCCUGUUCCUGCCGCCGGGUUGUUGCCCUCCUACGGCCUCCUUCACAUCUCCUGAUGUACUGGCCUGUCUCCUGGUAGCGCCUCCAUGCUCUGGACACUAUGCUGACAGACACAGCAAACCUGCUUGCCACAGCUCGCAUUGAUGUGCCAUCCUGGAUGAGCUGCACUACCUGAGCCACUCGUGUGGGCUGUAGACUCCGUCUUAUGCUACCACUAGAGUGAAAGCACCGCCAACAUUCAAAAGUGACCAAAACAUCAGCCAGGAAGCAUAGGAACUGAGAAGUGGUCUGUGGUCACCACUUGCAGAACCACUCCUUUAAUGGGGGUGUCUUGCUAAUUGCCUAUAAUUUCCACCUGUUGUCUAGAUCAUUUGCACAGCAGCAUGUGAAAUUGAUUGGCACUCAGUGUUGCUUCCUAAGUGGACAGUUUGAUUUCAUAGAAGUGUGAUUGACUUGGAGUUACAUUGUGUUGUUUAAGUGUUCCCUUUAUUUUUUUGAGCAGUGUUUAUCUCUUGUAGUUUCCAGCUUAGUGAAUAUGCUAUAAGUCUCUGUAAUAAAGUAUUGGGCAGAUUCCGGGGAUUGUGGGUAAAACAUUCUAUAUCUCUUGCAGUUUCGCCAUCGGUUGCGUUCAGCGGGGUCCCUCCACUCAGUGUCUGUGCAAACCGGGUUACGCUGGAGCCAACUGCGAGCGGUGAGUGUCACUGGAGCAUUUUAUUAGAAUUUCUGUUUUUGAUGGAUAUUUUUUUCUUUGUUUUCUGUUAGUCCUAGUCGAGACACCCUUGUGGUGGCCAUUUGCAGACCUCUUUCGCUUUCAUAUAACGUUCUCUAGUUUAGUGAGUUCAGCUUGUUAUUUGGUCCUGAAUCUUUACAUCCCGGCCUCGGAAAGGAUUUAAUUCCACUAACUAUCUUGUUUUUCUUUGUUGAUAGAUGUGCGCCUGGGUACUAUGGAAAUCCUAUGGUAAUCGGAAGUUUCUGCCGCCCAUGUAAUUGUAACGGGAACACCGAUUCCAACAUGUUGUUCAGCGACUGUGACCCUCUGUCGGGCAUGUGCUCGGGCUGUAUGUUCAAUACCGCGGGGCCGCACUGUGAGAUCUGCGCUCCUGGCUUCUAUGGAGACGCAGUCAGCGCCAAAAACUGCACCAGUAAGACGCUAUAAACUUUCCUGAUCCUUUCUAUUAGUACAAAAACCAUUAAUGGCCGCCUGGGCUGGCUGCAGUGUGUGGUAUAAGCACAUGUUCAAUAAGAGUACUAUUACAAUAAUACUCUCUGUUGUUUUGUGCAGCAAUUGUUCUAUAAUUGCGUUGUUUAUUUUCAGGGUGUGAUUGCUCUGUAUGUGGGACGGAGUCAUGUGACCAAAGGACAGGAAGAUGUUUGUGUAAAGCCGGAGUGACGGGUUCACGUUGUGACCGGUGCAAGGUAAUGUCAUUAAAAACCUGAUUCUUUUAUAUCUAUAAAUCUUCCAAUAAUUUCUAGAGUGCUUUGCAGUUGUGUUCCAUAAUGAUAGAUUGUGUUAUAAUGUAGCACCCUGUUCCUGAGAGCUUACAAUCUAGAGGGAGAGUGACAUGUCUGUAUAUCUGUUUACACAGGACGGUUUCUCUGGCUUUAACGGGUGCAGUGGUUGCCAGCAAUGUAGCUGUGGCUCCGGAUCAGCAGGUACCGGCUGCGACCCCCACAGUGGGCAAUGUCGGUGUCUCCCUGGUGUUACCGGCCCGCGAUGCCAACAGUGCACCCCUGGGUAUUGGAACUUUGGUCCUACAGGAUGCACCAGUAAGUAAAUAAUAUAUUUCAUCAUUCUUCAGAGACACACCGUGGGGUCUGUGUAAGACCCACAGGAUUAUUAUCCCUAGUGUCACGUCUGUCCACCCAACACAGCUUUUGGUCCUCUCAGCAGCUCCGUUUACAUUUAAACCUGCCCAUAUCUAAGAGGGGUGCAUUGUGCUCCAUGCCCUGUAUAGAAGGGGUUAAGUACAUCAUCACAGCAAGCCAAUGACAUGAUACCUGUAAUGUUCAUUCUGCAGAGUGCAGCUGUAAAGGGGGCUCCUGUGACCCCCGGACCGGAGAGUGUCAGUGCAGCGAUGAUCUGAUGGGGAAACAAUGCGACACUUGCAGUCGACCUUAUGAGAUUCCCGUUACCUAUGGAACAGAAACAUUGAAAUGCGAGCGUGAGUAACCUCUCCCGGGAGACCCCCAGCACAGAGCUGUUAGAUAAUUCUUUAAUAAAUCCCACCAGAUUGCAAUGAAUCCUGUCUGUUUCAGUGUAAUUUGCAAGCUCUUUGCUUGUGACCUGUUAUCGAGAUUCCUCAUUAACAGACGAUUAACUGUCUCCGCAGCAUGUGACAGUUGUGUUGUCACUUUGUUGGAGGAUUUACAGAGAAUGGCGGAUUUCCUUCCCAGCAUCCGAGAUCAGCUCACCAAUCUGACUGCAAGCUCCAUCGCCUGGACUCGCCUUAGCGGCAUCAACAGCUCCAUCGCCAACCUCACGGUAUGUGUGAGAAUCACUCCGCUGUGCAUCACGCAUUGUACAGGCAUUUGUGAAUGCUGUGAUUUGAACUCGGCCGAGAUGUAAAAUGUUGCCCAGGCACGAUAUUCAUAGAAACAGUCUUGAGUUUCUGAUCGUCCACUCACAGGGUAUUAAUAAAGGAUCUCUGGUAAUAAAUAUAGCAAUAAAUUGAUUUAAUCAGCAAGCCUUUAUUCUGGCACGUACCGUGAUAACGACAUUUCAACCUCAUUCAAAGGUCUUUCUCUGACUCUAUAAUGUGUAAAUAAAGUACAGCUCAUUUCUAACAGAUCUUUCGGUAUUUAUCACACGGAGGGUUGGAGUUUACACGCAUAGCUUGUCAUUAAACAUUAAAGGAGCGUGCAUUUAAUGGCGUUUUCCCUGUGUUUGUUUGCAGGAGAUAUGGCUUCAGUAUCAGGGCUCGGUAAAUGGAAUUAAAGACAAAGCCGAUGACUUGGAAGAUGACAGCAUAAGUCUGGCUCAGGAUCUCGAUGCUCUGCAAGAAAAGGCGAGUGCUGCUUUUUCCCAUUUCCAUUGUAGGUGGCGAUGCAUGUUGCUCGGACACAUCUUAUUUCUGUGAUAUUAUCUUCUGUUUAUAGAUGAAUCAGACCAAAAAAACUGCUUUUGGCAUACAAAAGACAACUAAAGCUACGAGCCAGAGAGCCAAAGAACUGUCCAGCAGAGUGCAGUCUCUGUACAAUACGUCUCUUGGUAAGAAUCCUCGCCGUUUCAUUAUUCCGCUAAAGUUUGUUAGAUUUGUUUUUAUGAAGCUGAUCACAGGUUUGAUUUCGAUGUCAAUAUUUACAUUUAGUAAAAGGCAGAAAUGAACCAUGAAAGCUGAUUAACCACACUCUGAGUUAGAAUUUAUUAUGUAAUAUUUGGGUUGGUUGGGGCUGAAUGGGUCACAGAGACAAUAGCGAAUGUUGGAUUUAAUGGUGGCUUCUGUCAGGUGCUCCCAUAUAAUGCUCAGAAUCUCGCUGCACAUUUGCCCGUCUUACUAACCACUGCCAUCGACCCACACUCAGGUCUGAUUGAUCAGCUCAGGCGAAUUGGACAGUCGAACAGCACCAACGUCACAUCGACGGACGAGUUCAGACAAAUUACGACGGAUAUCGAUCGGAUGCUAAAAGCGAUGAGGAUCAGAGAUUUUAAACCCCCUGCAGACCUGGCAACACAGGAGCUGGAAGAGGCCAAAAAAUGUGGGUAUUGCUGGAGAUAUCUCCAUUCUACGUAAAUAUGUAUUUAUACCAGAGCAGAGCCCGGCGUGUUGACGCUGGCUUCAUUGAUCCUCCAUUAGAGAGUGAAGUUGUAUCAACAGAGCUAACAUCAUUCAUAUAAUAUGAUCCAAAUAGACAUUAAUUUGAUCAAUUAAAAAUAUCUUUUUGUUCAGUGAUAGUAAACAAAAUUUUGUUUUUAAAUCCCACACUGAAUAAUAGUGACAUUUGGAUUACCCAAGACGAUGUAAAAUUAGGGUUUGCUAUGCCUCGAUCCCAGGUCUGGGUUACUCACAUCCUGAAAUCUGAUUUGUUGACGGGUUAACCUAUGAAUCACUUUAGAAGAACAAUUUGCCCGUCUUGUGCUAUUACUGGGCGUUUUAAAAUGUGUAAAAUGUCAUACGUGUGAGGAUUUACUCACUAAACCAAGACUUGUGAAGAAUAGAUAGGAAAAUGGCAAAUUAUAUGAAAAGAAUAGCUGGGUAUUUUAGUUGAUAUUUUCUAGUUCAGCAAUUUUGGCCAAAGUCCCCUCUCAACUCUCCACAAUUUGCCAAUUAGUGAAUAAUCCUACCCUGAAGUCCAUUACUGAGAAACGUGCUUUAGAUAAUCAUUACGAGUGGCCGCCCCCAUACUAACGUGCUUUUGUCACCUGUCACUGGUCAGUGCUGGAUCGGGUCAAGGCAGAGAUGGUCACCGGGUUCCAGAACUUGUUGAGUGAAACCAGGAGACGGCUGGACUCGUACAACUCGGAGGUGAUGGAUCUAAGGGAUGCAAUGAAUGAGGCUGUAAAUAAAACGCGUCAGGCAGAAGAUCUCAAUAGCCUUAACCAGAAUAAUGUGGAGGAGAACAAUGUAAGUAAAUAGUGCUGAUUAAUGAGACUGUAGAAUAUUAAAUUUGCCAAAUAUUAAACUACUGGAUACUGAUGGGACACUCUGGACCCCUAAAGCAGGUUAACUUGCUGAAAUGCUAUGUGUGAAGAAUGUGUCCUCUUUUACUCAUUUGACAAAAAGUGCAAAUUUCAAAAGAAAUUGACACUUUUGUGAAAGAACCUUGUUACACCCCCUAGCUGUCAAUCAGACACCCAGUCCUGUUACUUCCUGGUUAUGUUGCUCACUGGAGCUAAACUCAAGAGGCAGCAAUUGCCCAGAGCACUUGCCUUGCAAAGACUUCUCAUUGAGCUGUAUGGGGAAAUCUGUGAUUGGACAGCCACAGAAAGUCUGGGCGGGGUAAGAAGGGGAGGGCUUGCAAAGGCUGCAGACAAGAGAUCUUGUAAGCAGUAUUUUAGUUACUCUUAAAUAGUGAUAUUUUUUAUUUGGGUAGAGGGUGUUUUAAUGAGAUCAUGUAUAAUAUUAAAUACGCAAUAUAUUCAUGAGCAGUCAUUAAACUAUCAUAUGGCGAUUAGCCUGUAUAAUGAUAUAAGAUGCUAUAAAUGUGUGCACAGUCACUAAGUGACCCCAGUUAAGAUAAAGCUCCUUCCUAAAUUUCUCUACCAUCGUCCGUUUAUUUUGCACAGAUAAAAGUAAAUGACCUGCGGAGUCAGCACGAGGAGAUGGUUGCGGCUCUGAAAAUGGCCGAGGACGCUCUUGUUCAGGUCUCUGACCUCCUGCAGACGAUUGAAAGCCUGAAAGAGGUAUGUCUGGAUAUUCUAUUCAGCCUGGAUGGGUGCAUUGGGGGGGGCGUGUGCAUAUCUCAGACUGCUUUCUGUCCGCUAGGAGUACGAGAAGCUUGCGGCAGGACUGGAUGGAGCACGAGGUCCGCUCAUGGACAAGGUGAAGAAGUUCUCUCCAGCCAGCGGAAAAAUCCCAAUCGUGGAGAAGGCAGAGAUGCACGCAAAGCAACUAUGGCAGCUUUCAAAGAACCUGUUCAGGUGCAGAGACCACAUGUUCCAUAGCGCAGUACACUAUAGGGAGACUCCAGUUCUUAGCAGUCACAAUCCGGCUAAUUAGUGAAAUCACAAUGACUUAUUUUACACCCAUUCCCCUCCAUCCAUUACAGAGAGGGACACAAUGCAUGCAUGUAAAGGGAAACGUGAAUAUUAAUGUUUAUUGCUGACAUUUUUUAUUUUAGUGCCAUUGGAGACUCUGAUCAGGAAGUCUACAUCCAGAAAGCUAUAAAUGCCUCAAAUGCUUAUUCUAACAUUAUUGAAUCCGUGCGGGAAGCUGAGAAGGCGGCAAAGGAUGCCAACCGGGCAGCGGGGGAUGCAGUGAAGGUGCCAGCCUCUCUUUUAUUUAGUGCCAUUUAUUUGCCCUGUCCUUGCCAGUCGCAUGCUGCCAAAACAGAGGCUAUAUUGUAUAACUGGUAGAUUAGCGGCUAUCUGUGGUCGUAAACAUGUUGUGCCCUCUGCCCUGUAACGCCCUGUAAGGCUGUGAAUAUUCCCAUCAGUACUUGGCAUGGGGCGAUUCAUUUACAGUUGGGGGCAAACUCGCCUCGUCCAGCCCAUUAUGAAUGCAUUAUACUGAUUCCUUUGCAGAGCGUUGUCUCCGAGGAUCUGGGGAAAAAGGGCAAAGAUUUACUGAAAAAGAGCGUCCAGCUGGAGGAAUCUGCUAAAUCAGCAGAAAGCGAAUUAAAAGGAGGUGAGAGAUGGCUCCAUGAGGCGGGAGGGUUCAAUCUUCACGUUGUUGGAGAAUGAUUGGCAAUGAUCGGCAAUCUUCGUGGAAUUCCUAGCAAAUCAGACAAUGGUUUAUACCCACACACUAUCUGUACGUGUGUGGCCUCAGGGGGUAAUGGUUCAAGCUGAGUGUGAACGGUGAUUUUAAGCCGGUUUCACUCCUGAUACCCAUAUCCAGCAGCCGCUCUAAGAAUAGAAUAUUAUGGUUUUCAUCGACUGAACCCUCAUCCAGAUUUUUUUUUCAGAUAUUGAGCGUAAACUGCAGGAGGCCAGGAGGAAUUUACAGGACAGACGGAGAAAGAAAGAAAGCCUUCAGUCUGAGCUCAAAUCUGUCCUGGACAAACUUCGCAUGACCCCAGGUAAGUGUCCGUCCUGGCAGGUGAAGCUUGGCUCCCGCUUCUGCCAUUAUUGAAUUUAACAUGCUGUGCCUUGUAUCACACACACGCAAUAUGCAGUGCCCGUCCUGUAGAUUUCAUUUCUGAUUCUUCUCCUUUGAUGCAGAUAAUGUCACAGAAGACCUCACAAGUGCCAAGUUAAAGGCUGCAGAGGCAAACAGCACUGCGGCACGGGUAGAGGCCACAUUGACUGAUAUAAAGAAGGACCUGGAGCAAUGGAAGAAUAAAUACGGCAACUUGCAGAAUGAAGACGUCAACAAAGCUGUGGAGGAAGCAAAAACAUCAGGUGGGUUACGUGGAGGGUACCAGAGGAUGAGAGCUGAUACUGAAUCAUAGAGAGCCGGUACCGAGUCAUAGGGAGCGGGUACUGAAUCAUAGGAAGCGGGUACUGAAUCAUAGGGAGUGGGUACUGAAUCAUAGAGAGCAAGUACUGAGUCAUAGGGAGCGGGUACUGAGUCAUAGGGAGCGGGUACUGAGUCAUAGGGAGCGAGUACUGAAUCAUAGGGAGCGAGUACUGAGUCAUAGGGAGCGAGUACUGAGUCAUAGGGAGCGAGUACUGAGUCAUAGGGAGCGAGUACUGAGUCAUAGGGAGUGGGUACUGAAUCAUAGGGAGCGGGUACUGAAUCAUAGGGAGCGGGUACUGAAUCAUAGAGAGCAGGUACUGAGUCAUAGGGAGAAGGUACUGAAUCAUAGAGAGCCGGUACUGAGUCAUAGGCAGAAGGUACUGAGUCAUAGGGAGCGGGUACUGAGUCAUAGGGAGCGGGAACUGAGUCAUAGGGAGAGGGUACUGAGUCAUAGGGAGCGGGUACUGAGUCAUAGGGAGCGGGUACUGAAUCAUAGAGAGCCGGUACUGAAUCAUAGAGAGCCGGUACUGAGUCAUAGGGAGCAGGUACUUAGUCAAAGGGAGCGGGUACUGAGUCAUAGGGAGCAGGUACUUAGUCAAAGGGAGCGGGUACUGAGUCAUAGAGAGCGGGUACUGAGUCAUAAAGAGCGGGUACUGAGUCAUAGGGAGCGGUUACUGAGUCAUAGAGAGCGGGUACUGAGUCAUAGGGAGCAGGUACUGAGUCAUAGGGAGCAGGUACUGAAUCAUGUUGAGAGGGUUCUGAAUCGUAGAGCGGGUAUUGAAUCGUAGAGAAAACGGGUACUGAAUCAUAGGGCGGGAGAUGAAUCAUAGGGCAGGUACUACAUUAUUAGUAUUAUCCACGAUAGUGACAGCUCGGCUAUUUUCGAUUCGCUCUAAUUCUCGGUUUAGUGAAAAAAUGCCUUCAGAUGAGUUUAAUGGCACCGUAGGGCCUUUCCGAUUUCUGUGUGGCUUCUCCUUUGUUCUAAUGGGCUUUCAUAUCAUGUGACCCUGUCUGAUUCCCCUCAGCCAAACUCCAGCUGGAUUUCCUUCUGUGAAUUUGUUCUCACUCCGACAUUUUACACGUUUUAUCGAAUUCUUCCCGAAACGUUGAUAUUAAUUUUAUUACAUUGACAUGACAUUGGUAGAAACUGAUCACUGCACGUCUUCAUUUUCUUAAAGUCUCUAAUUUGGAGAAUACGAUUCCUCUUCUUCUGGAUAAACUGAAUAAUCUGGAAAACCGUCAGGGGCAGAAUGGCAGCGUAUCGGACAGUAUCCAACGUAUCCGACAGUUAAUCUCUCAGGCCAGAGACGCUGCAAGCAAGGUGAGCAGAGAGGACUAUAUCCACAGAUCGAGAUUAAAUUACCUCUGUUAUUAUAGAUUUAAUUUUGUUAAUUUCAAAAUGAGUCUAAAUUCCCCGUCUACUUGCCGAGAGCCUUAUUUUUAGGUACGUUACCUUGUUACUAUGUAGACAUUCUCAGUAUUUCACAGCAGCCAUUCUUUUUUCCGAUACCAGGUGAAGGUCCCGGUGAAGUUUAAUGGGAACUCUGGGGUGCAGCUUCGGCCCCCAUCCAACAUGGCGGAUCUCUCUGCAUACACCUCUCUAAAAUUACACAUCCAGAACGCCGAGCCACAAAGCAAAAAGAAACGACAGGUCAACACGGAUCAGGGACGCUUUGUUCUAUACCUCGGGCACGAGGAUGUAAGUAUAUAAAAAUACCCCAAAUACCCCCUGUAUCGAGUAUCACCCCCAAAUACCCCCUGUAUCGAGUAUCACCCCCAAAUACCCCCUGUAUAGAGUAUAACCCCCAAAUCCCCCCUGUAUAGAGUAUAACCCCCAAAUACCCCCUGUAUAGAGUAUCACCCCCAAAUACCCCCUAGAAUAUCACCCCAAAUACACUGUAUAGAGUACCCCUCCCCAAAUACCCCCUGUAUAGGUAUCACCCCCAAAUACCCCCUGUAUAGAGUAUCACCCCCAAAUGCCCCCUGUAUAGAGUAUCACCCCCAAAUACCCCCUGUAUAGAGUAUAACCCCCAAAUACCCCCUGUAUAGAGUAUAACCCCCAAAUACCCCCUGUAUAGAGUAUAACCCCCAAAUACCCCCUGUAUAGAGUAUAACCCCCAAAUGCCCCCUGUAUAGAGUAUUACCCCAAAUACCGCCUGUAUAGAGUAUUACCCCAAAUACCCCCUGUAUAGAGUAUAACCUCCAAAUACCGCCUGUAUAGAGUAUCAUCUCCAAGUGCCCCCUGUAUAGAGUAUUAUUCCAAAAUACCCCCUGUAUAGAGUAUUAGCAAACAAUACCCCUGAAAAGGGAAUUACCCACAAAAACCUCCUGUAUAGGACAUUAUCCUAAAACACCCCCUCUAUAUAGUAUUACCCAAACUAAGGGAAAAAUAAUUACCCCCAAAUAUCCACUGUAUAAGGUAUUACCAUAAAAUAAGGAAAGCUAAUACCCCGAGUAUAUAGAGUAUUAUCAUAAACGUGGGGAAACUGAAUACCUCCUGUAUUACCCCUAAAUACCCCGAGUAUAUAGAGUAUUAUCAUAAACUCAGGGAAACUGAAUGCCUCCUGUAUUACCCCUAAAUACUCCGAGUAUAUAGAGUAUUAUCAUAAACUCAGGGAAACUGAAUGCCUCCUGUAUUACCCCUAAAUACCCAGAGUAUAUAGAGUAUUAUCAUAAACUCGGGGAAACUGAAUGCCUCCUGUAUUACCCCUAAAUAUCCCGAGUAUAUAGAGUAUUAUCAUAAACUCAGGGAAACUGAAUGCCUCCUGUAUUACCCCUAAAUACCCCGAGUAUAUAGAGUAUUAUCAUAAACUCGGGGAAACUGAAUGCCUCCGGUAUUACCCCUAAAUACCCCGAGUAUAUAGAGUAUUAUCAUAAACUAGGGGAAACUGAAUGCCUCCUGUAUUACCCCUAAAUACCCCGAGUAUAUAGAGUAUUAAUCCAAAGUAAGGAAUACUAAAUACUCCGAGCUAGGCAACGUUUGGAACUCCAGAUCCUGUGGACUACAUCUCUCCUGAUUGAUGCUUUGCCAGCAUUAUUACUGCAAUAUCUGGAGUGCCAAAGGCUGUCUAACCCUGAUAUAGCGUAUUACCCCAAAAGAAGGAAAACUACAGCAAACAGUUAAACAGUUACCCCAAUAUAGAAUAUUACGCUCCAUGCAGUCAGAAUCCGGACCUGGUUUCCCCUAACCUUUCCUGUGGUUAUUGCUCCUCAGGGUUUGGGGGAUUAUCUCGGAAUGGUGCUGAAAGGGAACAGACUGAACUUUGUUUACAAACUGGCAGAGGAGCAACCCACCUACCUGACCACCAGUGAGGACAUCACGGAGCAGUUUGUCACGGUCACUAUAGAGAGGUAACGUCCCGUCCCACCGGGUUUCAUUCAUCAAUAUCAGUUGGAACCUAAAAACAGAUUGACAAAAAUCCACGUGUUGUCAUGGCAGGUGGAGUAAUAAAACAAACUCUGUGUUCAUUAAAACGCAAUGCGUUAUCAAAAUACCAGGGAAACAGACAAACUGCUUCAUUAAACGAAUGAACUGAUAUUGUAUCACGUGUAAACAUUAGUAACUCUGUGCAGACGGUGUUUGUGUAGACGUGACGGUGACUUUGAUCUCCUAGUAGAGUGUUAGACGUGAGGUGACGCAGAGCAUCGGAGAUAUUCUUUGCGAUGUUGUGUUCGCCAGCUCUCUUUGUUAUGCUAAUACGGUUUCAGCUUCUCAUGGUGUCUUUUGAUCUCUGUCCCCCAGGAUGCUGCAGUACGGUCAGAUGUCCACCGUCGUUUUCUCCAGCCAGUCCCUGCAUGAGAAGAAAGGAGAAAGUACUGCAAGUGGAGACCAGGGUCUGCUCAACCUGGACCCCAGCCGCGUGGUGUUCUACGUGGGCGGGUAUCCUGAUGGAUUUGUGGUACGUGAUCAAAGAAAACCCAGCGCAGUUUGGCUGCUUUAUAUUUCAUGCAGUAACUUCCACUGGAAAUUAAUUUUACCAACAUUAUAUCCACUGCCCUCACUUACUAAUUAAUAUAACAGAUUGGUCAUUUAGUUUUUAUUAUCGAGUCUUAACAGUUACGCAAAAACACAGCCCGCAGUUUAUAUAUAAAAAAAAGAUAAAAUGUGCUCAAUGCAAAUUGCACAGUGUAGAAUUACAGAACUUUGUUCAUGGAGAGAACGAUGAAAACCGUAUAUUACCCAGAAUUCCUGGCUGCAUGGGGAGCUCUGCAUACUGUGUGAUUAUGGGGUAAGGCGGGUUAUUACCCAAAAUCCCUGGCUGCAGGGAGCGCACUGUAUACUGUGUGAUUAUGGGGUAAGGCGGUUAUUACCCAGAAUCCCUGGCUGCAGGGGGCGCUCUGUAUACUGUGUGAUUAUGGGGUAAGGCGGGUUAUUACCCAGAAUCCCUGGCUGCGGGGGGAGCUCUGUAUACUCUGUGAUUAUUGGGUAAGGCGGGUUAUUACCCAGAAUCCCUGGCUGCAGGGGGAGCUCUGUAUACUGUGUGAUUAUGAAGUAAGGCGGGUUAUUUCCGCAGGUUAUUUCCCAGAAUCCUUGGCUGCAAAGUAUUAUAGAAAACAGAGGUAGGUAUGAUAAGGCAUGUAUUGCCUAGGUUGUUGGUGGCAGUCAUUCAGUGUCUGUUUAAUGAUCUGUUUUAUUUUGUGCAUAUUUAUUUAUUUAUUGAUUGAUUUUGGAUCACUUUUAUAAGCUAAUUAUCUUUCCUUUUCCAGCCCCCAGACUCCCUGAAUUAUCCGAAGUAUCGCGGCUGCAUAGAGAUGGACAGCCUCAACGAGAAACCCAUCAGUCUGUAUGAUUUUGAGAGAACCUUCUAUCUGGACACUCUCCAGGACAAACCAUGUGGCAGGUAAGAUCCUUAUUUUAUAUCCAGGGCUAGGCCGGCAAAGCAUCAUGGGAGAUGUACUCCACAACAUCUGGAGUGCCGAAGGUUGCCUCCCCAUGUUCUAUGGCCUUCUUGGCAUUCGCGAUAGUCUUAAAGCUAAACGAUUGCCAUGUCCAAGAGUAUUAAUAUGUUGAUAUUAAUGAUUAUAUUCUGCAUUUUAAUCAAUAUUUUGUAACUCUGUAGUGAGCUUUUAGUUGCUCUGGGUCCAGUGAAUAAAAAACCCUGGAUUGACCAAGGUUUCUUGCUCCACCAACUACAGAGCUCUGUACAGGACUAGAACAUGGUGUGCAUGCUAAAGGUGGUGGAUUUGGAUACUUGCUACAUUUCCUCACAUUGUUUACCUGACGUUUCUUCCCAGAUCUAAAUCCACAAAUGAUCCAUGGCUCACUGAUGGUUCUUACUUUGAUGGUACGGGUUAUGCAGAGAUUAAACUGGACCAGCUGCCCGGCUCUACCAAAAGGUUUGAGAUGGACGUCCGCCUCGUCUCCUACAACGGGAUUCUAUUCUUCCUCGAUGCAGAGGUACGGAGUCAGUACACGCUGAUCCGUGUAACUGCAGGUUACACAAACAGAAUGAUUGCUUUAAACAUUGGAAAUGUUCCUCAUUUCAUGCUCUUUCACUGAAAUCAUGACUGUUUUAGGAACAUUAAAUUGCCUUGUUUUACAUGGUCCCAACAGCUCUGAGAACUAAUCACUGAUGGAGUUUUUAAAGGACUGAUUUUUCUGAAUAUGAAUUGAUUUCACACCCUUCCCAUCUUGUUGUGGCUUCCUGUCUGUUUCUUGUGGAUUAUUAAUUUUUACUUGUAUAACAUUCAGGAAUCUUAAAGGAACACUAUAGGCACCAUGACCACUUCAUCUCAUCGAAGUGGCCGUGCAGUGUCCCAGUCCCUUAACCAUGUCAUUGUAAUUAUUGCAGUUAUUGAGAAACUUCAAUUAUUACCUUGCAGGGUUAACUCGGCCAUUAGAGGCACUUUCGGGUGGUUAGGCGGCUCUUGGUUGCCUAUCUGACACUGGAUGUCCUCACGAAGACGAGGGGGGCAUUGUAGGUCACUAUAGUGCUAGGAAACAACUUUAAAGGGAGCCCAUUGUCCUGGAAUUAACAGUAAUUUCUUUGGGACUAUAGGUUCCCUUCUGUUCACCCCAGUUUGCUAUCAAUAUGUGAAUUAAUCAGGAGUGUUUGAUACCACUCGGUUCUGUAAGAGGAAGCGCACCUAGUCUCUAGAGGUGGAUGUAACCCAGCAAUGAAAACAUGAUGUAAAAAUGGGGUGCGGAUGGAAUUGAAGUUAAGAUUUUGGAUCCAGCACCCCAGAAGGUUGUGAGCUCUUGUGGAAACGGUGGUCUCUGUCUGAUUUCUAGGAUCAGUUCCUGUGUCUAGCUGUUGAAGAAGGAAAACUAAUCCUAUAUUACGAUGUUGGAGAGGGGCUCCAGAAGCCCGAGUCGGUAGAUCCCUCCAACGCUCCAAUCAGCACGUCCACCCCUAAAUCGGUAAGGCAGCUUUAUUCCCUCAUUCUGACAGUCACAGAGACUUGCGUGAUGUGGCUAAUGUUACCCUCCUGGUGUCUAUGCAGGUCCAUGUCAUUCUGGUGAUGACUGGCAAUAAGAAAAGGAUUUUUGUGCGUCUAGAAAGGAUCAAUGUGUUUAUAGUGGAAUAUGAAAGCGGAAAACUGGAGACGGCUCAAUACUUUUACCUCGGCGGACUGUUACCAAGCAAGUUUCCGGAGAGGUAAGAGGAACGCCUGCCAGAAACUCACUGUCACUGCUUUCUGUACACAGGAGUUUUUCCAAAUGUCUUCACAUAUUCACAUAAUAUGCUCUUUUCCAGCCUUAAGGACAUCUUUCCUGGAGGAGGCUCCAUAAGGGGCUGCAUGAAAGGUCUCAAAGCUUUGGGGAAAUACAUGGAUCUGAAACGAAUGAAUACUACAGGUGUAAGCUAUGGCUGCACCUCGGACCUGCUGGUAAGUAACAUCUCAAGGUCCAACCUUCCCAGACAUGGUGUAGCCCAUCCAAGGGUUCACCGGUUCUAUUUCUUUUUCUCUCACAGAUUGCAAGGUCCGUUCAGUUCUUUGGACACGGAUUCCUCAGUAUGUCUUUGAAGAACGUGCCCACCCUUCAGGAUGACUUCUCUGUAGGGUUUGGCUUCCAGACCAGUCAGAUUAAUGGCUUAAUGUACAGCCACGCCACUGAGGUACUGACCAGUUACUGCUCUGUAAUGUCAUCUCGUGAGCUUAGCGAGUGUGUUUGCUCUGUGAUGUUUGUGAUGUUCUCAAUUUGCUCUCAUGUUAAUCCCGGUAGGGGUUACAUCGUAUCACAGGUGUCCUCGGUGCUCCCCAGUUUGGGGGCGGGUUGGCGGUAAUAUAUGACCAUGCUAACGACUGUGUUUGGUAUUUUGGCUUUGUGUCUGCAGGGUGGAUCCUGCCAAAUAUCCCUCCAGGAUGGCCUUGUGAAUGUCAAAAUGCUAAGUGCAGAGCUGGCGUCCAAAGCUGCAUAUGCUGAUGGAGUAGGCCAUUAUCUCACCCUCUACAGCAACAAGGAUGAGUGAGUGUCAGUGGGAGGCUGUGACUUGCAGAAUAUAUCUUAUUCGUGUUAAUCAGACACUGCAGGAAUUGUCCGUGCCAGCCUUUCUAUAAACCGUAUUGUUAUUCUCCAGGGUGCGAUUUUACAUGGAUGACCAGCUGCAGGAGACACGUAGAUUGUCCUCUGCCAGCAGUACAGCUCAACAGGAGGCAGCCUCUAGCACAGUACUGUUAGGAGGAUCACCGGAGAUGAGUCAGCAAGCAAACCUAAGUGGCUGCAUGAGAAAUAUCUUUGUAAAGAGGUGAGAGACAUGUAGGGUGACCUUUAGUCAUCUCUGUACCUUUACUGCCCUCCCUAUUCACCCCCCAUCAUUCUGUACCACCCCUGCCCUCUGUAUUCACCCCCAUAUCUCGGUCCCAUCCCUACCCUCCCUAUUCACCCCCCAUCUCUCUGUACCAUUCCUGCCCUCCCUAUUAACUCCCCAUCUCUCUGUACCACCCCUGCCCUCCUCAUUCACCCCCAUCUCUCCGUACCAUCCCUGCCCUCCCCAUUCACCCAUCUCUCUGUACCAUCCCUGCCCUCCGCAUUCACCCCCAUCUCUCUAUACCAUCCCUGCCCUCUGCAUUCACCCCCAUCUCUCUGUACCAUUCCUGCCCACCCUAUUAACUCCCCAUCUCUCUGUACCACCCCUGCCCUCCUCAUUCACCCCCAUCUCUCCGUACCAUCCCUGCCCUCCCCAUUCACCCAUCUCUCUGCCCUGCCCUCAUUCACCCCCAUCUCUCUUGUACCAUCCCUGCCCUCUUCACCCCCAUCUCUCUGUAUCAUCCCUGCCCUCCUCAUUCACCCCCAUCUCUCUGUACCAUCCCUGCCCUCUGCAUUCACCCCCAUCUCUCUGUACCAUCCCUGCCCUCCCCAUUCACCCCCCAUGUCUUUGUACCAUCCCUGCCCUUCUCAUUCACCCCCAUCUCUUUGUACCAUCCCUGCCCUCCCCAUUCACCCCCAUCUCUUUGUACCAUCCCUGCCCUCCCCAUUCACCCCCAUCUCUCUGUAUCAUCCCUGCCCUCCUCAUUCACCCCCAUCUCUCUGUACCAUCCCUGCCCUCCCCAUUCACCCCUAUCUCUCUGUACCAUCCAUGCCCUCCCCAUUCACUCCCAUCUCUUUGUACUAUCCCUGCCCUCUGCAUUCACCCCCAUCUCUCCAUAGCAUCACUGUUCUCCCACCCCCCUCCAUAGCAUUGCCUCUUUUCAUGGCUCCAUGUUUACCCUCUCACCAUCUCCUCUCUGUAUAUCUAAGGAAAUCGGGGCCGCAGACGGUGCUUGAUCUGUUACAGAACCAGCAGAGUGUGAAUGUCACCAUGAGCUGUCAGGACCAGUUCGAGGAUCGGCCCCUGGAGAUUCGGGCUUUACUGAAGAAAGAUAAGCUGAAGGUAAGCUGGUGAUGCGUGAACGGACCUGGCAAACGGAGGGAUUACGUGUUACUGGGCUUUGUGUGUGGGAAUCCUUCCUGACAGAUUGCGUUAUAAUUAACAUAGAGCGACAGACUAUGUACCGGGCUGAGAGAGAGGGUUAACCCUUAAACCAUAAUUAGACUGAAAAGGGGGAAACUUGGUCAGAUUAACAUGUUUAACUUGUUUAAUGUGUUAUCAAAAAUGACUAAUUAAGAAAAUGCAAUAAUCAAGAAAGUUUUAAUCUAACAGACUGAGAAUACCCUUUUUUAUGCACAUUAUGUAUAUGAAUUCCUUAAACAAGGUGCUUUAAGUAACUGAAAUCCAGAUAUAAACUGCUUUAAUAUGCGUAUUCCUCCUAUAUAUCAGCCCAGAUUAAGGGCGAUGGGAGAGAUAGACUGUGUUUUUAUAGAGAACAGAUUCAUGUUAAAAUGUAUCAAUAAAACAAUCUUGUAAAAUUAAACCGGACAGCACAGAGAUGGUUAAUAAAAAUUUUUUAAAAAGAAAGAAAUUUGAUUUUAAUUGAUUUGUGAUAGGAAAAGCAUCUCAUGAGAGCUGGUAGUUUGGCUAAUGCCCUGAUCUCCUGCAUUUUCAGGCUCGGCAGAGAAAGUUGGCGAUGCCCGAUCAGAGACACUCUGAUUUAUCCUGCGUUCAGCCCAAAAGUGUUAUGGGAGCAUUAAGAUUUGGGGGAUCCCCCUUUAGCCACUUAGAAUUCCGAGAUCUUCCUGCUUUUGUACAGGAACGGUGAGUGAGCUUUCUUCAGUCCCAACACCCGGUCCUUAUCUUCACCAUGGAAGCUGCCAUUUCUAUACAGGAACCACAGUUCCCAUACAGUACAUAGCGUCUGGAGCACAUUCUGGCUAUACGAUGAUAUUAUUUGUAUCUCAAACUAGGAAACCAUUAUAUGAAUGUAGACUAUUAAAAAAAAAUGGUUCCAAUCAAAGGACAGACAUUAUUAUUUAUAUUUUACAAAAAUAAAAAGGACGCAGCCUUUAAUUUCAGUAUAAUGGUGUCAGUAAACGGCAAAAAUGGCCCUUCACAACCACGUACAAAGUAGCCACAGAAACACGUAUAUUAAAAUCAAAAUACACAUUAAACUGAAGGAAAUCGCAGUUAUCUUAUCUAGCCAUUACCACCUUUAGGUUUCACUUCUCACUUGAGGUCCGACUGAACGCUUCCCACGGCGUAAUAUUUCAUGCUAGCAGCAAACAAGACCGUUCAUCCGUGACACUUGGCGUCUCCAACGGCCGCUUUGUACUCCAGGUGGACAUCGGAGGUAAAAAGCUCCACGUGACCAGUAAAGACAAAUACCACGACGGGAUGUGGCACACGGUAAGUGAUAUCUGGUACUCACCUCCCCCGCAGUAUGAUCUGAGCUUUUCCCGUGACCUCACAGUCACUUUUCACAUUUAAUAUAACUUGUUACGGUGCUGUGCAUGCAGAGUGUACACUAGGGGCUGGCUCCUACAAUAACCACAUUCUGUUUCUCAGGUUUUCUUUGGGAGAGAGAAGAACAAGCUGCGUCUAGUUGUGGGUGGACUCAAAAGUAAGAGCAGAACACUGCCCCCCAGAACCGCACUGACGCUGACUCUUCCAGUCUACAUCGGAGGAGUGCCUGUGCACAAAGUCCGACACAACGCGGUGAGUGAACUAAUGGAAGAUUAUUAAAGGAACACUCCAGACUCCCACACACAUGUGCACUGUGUAGGUUAGGUUACAGUUAGUUAUACUGGGUGGGUUUAUAUUAUUAAAGGGACACUCCAGCCUCCCACACACGUUAGAUGCACUGUGUAGGUUAGGUUACAGUUAGUUAUACUGGGUGGGUUUAUAUUAUUAAAGGGACACUCCAGGCUCCCACACACGUUAGAUGCACUGUGUAGGUUGGGUUACAGUUAGUUAUACUGGGUGGGUUUAUAUUAUUAAAGGGACACUCCAGGCUCCCACACACGUUAGAUGCACUGUGUAGGUCAGGUUACAGUUAGUUAUACUGGGUGGGUUUAUAUUAUUAAAGGGACACUUCAGGCUCCCACACAAGUUAGGUGCACUGUGUAGGUUAGGUUACAGUUAGUUAUACCGGGUGGGUUUAUAUUAUUAAAGGGACACUCAAGGCUCGCACACACGUUAGUUGCACUGUGUAGGUUAGGUUACAGUUAUACUGGGUGGGUUUAUAUUAUUAAAGGGACACUCUAUGCUCCCCCACACACGUUAGAUGCACUGUGUAGGUUAGGUUACAGUUAGUUAUACUGGGUGGGUUUAUAUUAUUAAAGGGACACUCCAGGCUCUCACACACGUUAGUUGCACUGUGUAGGUUAGGUUACAGUUAUACUGGGUGGGUUUAUAUUAUUAAAGGGACACUCCAGGCUCUCACACACGUUAGUUGCACUGUGUAGGUUAGGUUACAGUUAUACUGGGUGGGUUUAUAUUAUUAAAGGGACACUCUAGGCUCCCACACACGUUAGAUGCACUGUGUAGGUCAGGUUACAGUUAGUUAUACUGGGUGGGUUUAUAUUAUUAAAGACACUUCAGGCUCCCACACAAGUUAGGUGCACUGUGUAGUUUAGGUUACAGUUAGUUAUACAGGGGGGUUUUAUAUUAAAAAAAGGGACACUCCAGGCUCCCACACACGUUAGGUGCACUGUGUAGGUUAGGUUAUAGUUAGUUAUACUGGGUGGGUUUAUAUUAUUAAAGGGACACUCCAGGCUCCCACACACGUUGGGUGUGCUGUGUAGGUUAGGUUACAGUUAGUUAUACAGGGGGGUUUUAUAUUAAAAAAAGGGACACUCCAGGCUCCCACACACGUUAGGUGCACUGUGUAGGUUAGGUUAUAGUUAGUUAUACUGGGUGGGUUUAUAUUAUUAAAGGGACACUCCAGGCUCCCACACACGUUGGGUGCGCUGUGUAGGUUAGGUUACAGUUGGUUAUACUGGGUGGGUUUAUAUUAUUAAAGAGACACUUCAGGCUCUCACACAAGUUAGGUGCACUGUGUAGGUUAGGUUACAGUUAUACCGGGUGGGUUUAUAUUAUUAAAGGGACACUCCAGGCUCCCACACACAUUAGAUGCACUGUGUAGGUUAGGUUACAGUUAUACUGGGUGGGUUUAUAUUAUUAAAGGGACACUCCAGGCUCUUGAACAUUUUAUGUGAUAUAUUUUUUUUAAUUAAAAAUAUAGAAAUCAAUAUUAUUGCUGCUUUAUAUGCCCACCCAUCCUACCCUCACAACUCUGAGUGUUAUACUUAAAUUGUCCGCUUUCUGCUGUACAAAGUGAUCUUCUGACCUACAACUUCCACAAACCCUUGCUGCGUCCAUAGAGCACUAUGGGAUCUGAUCAAGUAGAAGAUGAGCAAGGGGUGGGAUUUAUGACCUCUGCAAAAUAGAGGGGCCACAGUAAAAUGUGUCUCUGGAAUCUUAAUGUUUCAAAAUCUAUUUACCUGUAAAAUGACAAGGUAGCCGGCCUGGAGAAAAUGUUGUUGAAUUACUUUAUAUUCUCUUCCGUGGUAAAACGAUGCUUCGUACAUUGCAUCAGCCGUGACAACCAACCAGUUUCUCUCUCGGUUAUUCAGGAAGCCUCGUUGAAAAGCUUCAGUGGAUGCCUGAGGAAUCUAAAGAUGGACGGACAACCUUUGAACUCUCCGGACAAUGUUGUGGGUGUUACACCUUGCUACGAGGGCGCCACAGAGAAAGGAUUGUUCCUCUCUGAUGGGGGAUUCGUAACAUUAGGUAAGAUAACGUUUGUUGUUUUAGAACAUGGAGAAUAUUAAGCCAUUCGCACAGAUCCUCCUAGUUAUCUGAUGGUUUGUUGUUGUUUUUUCUCCCACUUUUCAGAGAAUCUCGUCAAUUUGGGGCAGGAUCUGGAGGUAAAGUUGGAGAUUCGGCCAAUGCGUCCGUCUGGACUUAUAUUCCACAUCCAGACCCUAGACGGUCACUAUCUGACACUAGCUAUGUCUCAUGGAAAGGUAUUGGCAGUUCUUUGUCCCUGUGAUGGUCACACAAUGCAGUUUGCCUUCGGGUCUCUUAUUGUCUCUUCGUUCCUCUGUCUCAAGGUUACUGUAGCUGUGAAUGUUGGCGCAGGGGAAUACUCCACGUCGGUGGGCGUAGAGCAGAGCCUGUGUGAUGGGCACUGGCAUACCAUAGCAGGUAAGUACUUGGACAGUAAAACAUCCUUUAUAAAUAAAUCCAUUCUUCGCUGAUACGCUAAACACCGUGAAGAGAAAACCAAACGGCAACAUUUACAACAAAAUAGCUGAUGUGGAGAUAAUUCUCGUGCUCUGCUACAGUCAGAGUUAUUCAUGAAAGUGAGAAUUGUUGGGAAUUCAAAGUGAAUUUGAAACCUUAGGACAAAAUAAGAAAACUGAGGAUAUAGCCAAGAAUGUUUGGUUUGGAUAGAUUGGCCUAAAUGUCUUAAAUGUCUACAAUUCUCCCUUUAGUAAAUAACCCUGGCCGUUUCGGUUCAUUUUUAGUGAAUUAACCAUUUUGCAUUUGAUUGCAGGCUGAGAUCAGUUCGGUUCUAAUAUAUUUGUGGGUUCGCAGAUCCAGUCAGUUUUGUUGUGUUUUUGGAUUUGCAGCUUAAUACGUUUCAUUUCUCUCCAGUUACUAAAGGAAGCAACGUUAUCCAGCUGGACGUGGAUACUGACGGGAAUCACACUGUGGGAGCGAGUUCCUUUCAUCAGAAUAAAAAUAAAGCAACGCUUUAUGUGGGCGCCAUGCCAGGUUAGUUUGCAGACUGGGCGAGAGCUGCAAUGUCUCCCCCUGGGGUAAAAGGGAGGGCAAGCUUUACAGAGGGUGACGGGCUGUUCUGGUGUGGCAUGGAGUAUUAUGGUGGUUCCCGGGAGGUUAUGACAGGUCGUGGGGUGUUAUGUUACGGUGGGUCACAGGAGGUUAUGACAGGUCGUGGGGUGUUAUGUUACGUUAGAGCUCAGCCUGCCAGGUUUGACAUUGCCCGGUCGUUUCCCAGGUUAGUAAAUAUAACCUUGUCUCUAUUAGUACUGAUCUUCUUAAAAGAUUUUUAUAUCUGUCAAGCAGUUAAUGGACAAACCUUUCUGACCGCACACCCUCUGCAUAAAUAACUGCCUAGUAUUUCUUGUGGACAGUGAGCAGGGCUAGGAAUGGAGGCUGCUGAAUUGGACCUGACCCCUUUUUGUUCCUCUAACUACAGAUAAUCUGCGUCUGGCCCAGUCUGUGGCGUCUUCGCGUGAACAUUACCAUGGCUGCGUGAGGAAUAUUGUCAUUAACAGAACUGCCAUUGAUGCCUCGGACUCUGGAAUAUUCAUAGGUUCCGCGGGAACCAAUGUCUGCCCAGUUCUCUGAGGGAACUUGGCAAGAAAAUGAACUACCAGCAUCGGGUGAGGAAUUGGGGGAACAUCCUGACCCCUUCUGCUUCUCCAGAAUUAUGGGUCAUUUAAUGUAACCCUUUCACGCUGCACGCUUGGCCUCACGACUGUAAACACCAAGUAAUUUGAUUCCCCUGAAGUCUGGUUUUAUAACAAAUACACUACUGAAUUUAUAAGGGCACAGCCACUGGAGGAAUGUAUAUUGCAAUAUUACUGAAAACUCUUUAAUGGUGCUUUAACUGCAUAUGUUAGCCAGAGACCCUUGUAGCUCUGGCUAUGAAAUGGUUAACUGCUGCUUUCUGGUUUACUGUAGCAGCCUGGGAUAACCUGUGUUGGAGGUAAUGAAUAAGUUAAUUAACCCUUCUAGUCUUGUAAUAUAUUUUGUGCCAUGGGCUUUGCCAGCUGGGGGGCAUAACAUAAAUGGAAUUAUUAUAUAAACCGCUAAUUGAACUGUCCUUAUGCCUGCCUUCAUUUAAUGCUGUCAGUCUGUCAUAGCUGAUAUAGUAUAGUCCUCGCCCCAAAGCAAAUUUAAACUGUUUCAGUGAAACACAGCAAUUUUUUAAAAUAUUAAAUCUUUAAAGUCUCAAUUCUAUAAAGCUACUUGAGCGGUGUGUGUAAAAUAUAUAUAUAAUUUAUAUUAUUAAAGGGACACUCCAGGCUCCCACACAUUAGGUGCACUGUGUAGGUUAGGUUACAGUUAGUUAUACUGGGUGGGUUUAUAUUAUUAAAGGGACACUCCAGGCUCCCACACACGUUAGAUGCACUGUGUAGGUCAGGUUACAGUUAGUUAUACUGGGUGGGUUUAUAUUAUUAAAGGGACACUCCAGGCUCCCACACACGUUAGAUGCACUGUGUAGGUUAGGUUACAGUUAGUUAUACUGGGUGGGUUUAUAUUAUUAAAGGGACACUCCAGGCUCCCACACACGUUAGAUGCACUGUGUAGGUUAGGUUACAGUUAGUUAUACUGGGUGGGUUUAUAUUAUUAAAGGGACACUCCAGGCUCCCACACACGUUAGAUGCACUGUGUAGGUUAGGUUACAGUUAGUUAUACUGGGUGGGUUUAUAUUAUUAAAGGGACACUCCAGGCUCCCACACACGUUAGAUGCACUGUGUAGGUUAGGUUACAGUUAGUUAUACUGGGUGGGUUUAUAUUAUUAAAGGGACACUCCAGGCUCCCACACACGUUAGAUGCACUGUGUAGGUUAGGUUACAGUUAGUUAUACUGGGUGGGUUUAUAUUAUUAAAGGGACACUCCAGGCUCCCACACACGUUUAGGUGCACUGUGUAGGUUAGGUUACAGUUAGUUAUACUGGGUGGGUUUAUAUUAUUAAAGGGACACUCCAGGCUCCCACACGUUAGAUGCACUGUGUAGGUCAGGUUACAGUUAGUUAUUCUGGGUGGGUUUAUAUUAUUAAAGGGACAGUCCAGGCUCCCACACACGUUAGAUGCACUGUGUAGGUCAGGUUACAGUUAGUUAUUCUGGGUGGGUUUAUAUUAUUAAAGGGACAGUCCAGGCUCCCACACACGUUAGAUGCACUGUGUAGGUCAGGUUACAGUUAGUUAUUCUGGGUGGGUUUAUAUUAUUAAAGGGACAGUCCAGGCUCCCACACACGUUAGAUGCACUGUGUAGGUUAGGUUACAGUUAGAUAUAUAUAUUUCUCUGUCUCUUCACAAACGUUACACAUGACACAGUGAUCUGUUAGCUCAGUGGGGGUUUAUUAACCAAUGCAGUUUCUCUAGCUGUGUUUUGCAGGGUUUAACACAGUAGGUUUUACACUGGUAAGUUGCCAUUUUGUACCAAUUUAAAGAUUUGUCUUUACAUUUGACUCAUGUUCCAUUGAAUUAGUUUGACGUGCCAGGUGCAUACUGCUAACAGGAACAGAUUUGGCAUUUGUAUUUAAUUUAUAUAUUGUGUCUUACAGUAAACACACAGCCUGUGAAAGGAAGGGGUGCCAGUCUACUAUUCCCCAGCUUGUGGAAGAGAAUCAUUGGUGAUAUUUAUCUACUCUGCCACAAGGGGGCACAGUUUUGGCACCUAAAAUAGUAUUUCACUGAACACUCCACACACCAUAACCACUAAAAUUUGCUGUUGUGUCCUGGCAGCCUUAAGACUUUAAACUGUUUUCAGAGUGGUUCCGUUUCUUCUGACGGAGAGACGGAAAUUACUUUAGUUCUCCUUAUCUAAGCCAUACAGUGCAUUGCUAGCUCAGUGACGGAACAUCAGCAAUCACCUUAGCUAAGCCAUACAGUGCAUUGCUAGCUCAGUGACGGAACAUCAGCAAUUGCCUUAGCUAAGCCAUACAGUGCAUUGCUAGCUCAGUGACGGAACAUCAGCAAUUGCCUUAGCUAAGCCAUACAGUGCAUUGCUAGCUCAGUGACGGAACAUCAGCAAUUACCUUAGCUAAGCCAUACAGUGCAUUGCUAGCUCAGUGACGGAACAUCAGCAAUCACCUUAGCUAAGCCAUACAGUGCAUUGCUAGCUCAGUGACGGAACAUCAGCAAUCACCUUAGCUAAGCCAUACAGUGCAUUGCUAGCUCAGUGACGGAACAUCAGCAAUCACCUUAGCUAAGCCAUACAGUGCAUUGCUAGCUCAGUGACGGAACAUCAGCAAUCACCUUAGCUAAGCCAUACAGUGCAUUGCUAGCUCAGUGACGGAACAUCAGCAAUCACCUUAGCUAAGCCAUACAGUGCAUUGCUAGCUCAGUGACGGAACAUCAGCAAUCACCUUAGCUAAGCCAUACAGUGCAUUGCUAGCUCAGUGACGGAACAUCAGCAAUCACCUUAGCUAAGCCAUACAGUGCAUUGCUAGCUCAGUGACGGAACAUCAGCAAUUGCCUUAGCUAAGCCAUACAGUGCAUUGCUAGCUCAGUGACGGAACAUCAGCAAUCACCUUAGCUAAGCCAUACAGUGCAUUGCUAGCUCAGUGACGGAACAUCAGCAAUUGCCUUAGCUAAGCCAUACAGUGCAUUGCUAGCUCAGUGACCAAUCAGCAAUCCAUCCACUCUCAGCCCUGCACACUCGCCUUAGCCAAGCCGUGCAGUGCUAGCUCAGUGACUAAACAUCAGCAAUCUAUCUGCUCUCAGCCCUGCGCACUCGCCUUAGCUAAGAGACAGCUUCCAGUGCUUUGACUGAAACAGUGAAGGAGGUUCUGUGUCAUCCAGCAGAUCUUAGGGCAGAGAUAGGCAACCUUCGGCACUCCAGAUGCUGUGAACUACAUCCCUCAUAAUGCUCUUACACUCAUGCUGGCAAAGGAUCAUGGGAGGUGUAGUCCAAAACACCUGGAGUGUCGAAGGUUGCCUAUGCCUGCCCUAGGGCAUUCCUAGUUCCAAGACAAUGCAAUGUAGUGGUUUUUUUUUUUUCCUCUACAAAAGGCAGUUGAUUGGAUUCAGACCGGAUGCAUAAACGAAGUCUGCCAAAAUAGUCACAACACAAAUCUUCUCUGCCCCAUAAAGGGGCACCUCAUCACAGCAUUCAAACAGUUACAGAAGGCUUUGCCACAGUUUUAACCUAUUCAGCAAGUUUAAAUGCAAUAGCCAAUCACAUGGUGUUCUACACUAAACAGUGAGUGGACAGUCCUGUUACCUGGAUCUUUAAAUCCCACAUCGCAGGAAGCAGAGGCUCACUUGGUGCUACUGGUCUUCCUUCAUAAGAAGUGCCUCAUGCUAUAUAGAAUAUUUACAGACUCCUGUUAGAACGGGGACCCAAAUAGAGGGUGAAAACACUUUCUGGACAAUGUACCUGUGAACAGAACAGAAAAUGGCAGCAUCUCGUAUGGAUAUCUCCUCCCUAGCUUGAGAAACAGGAAAUGUAUUAAACAAUUAACAGGUGAUAUAAACCCCUCCUCUCUCUGAGCUCCCCAGUCUGUAUCUAAAUAAACCCAAAAGGAAGGGAGGGAGUGUGACACUGACAGGUAACAGAGCCAGGAAAAGAUUACGAUAAGUAUGUCACCAAUGGGUUAUUUUUCUGGCUAAACAUGGCAGCAUCAGUUAUGGGUACUACCCAAGCGCCAAAGAAGGGAGGAAAAGAAACAGGCACCUUAUAUAAUGCAAAAGAACAUAAACUUUAAUAUUCACGCGAAGCCACCGAGGCCAGAACCUUUCUCCCAAACCUGGCGUUAUUUGAGAAGUGAGAUCUUGUUUAUAUAGUUUGAUAAAUGUGAGGACCAAAUGGCUGCCAUCCAUAAUUCCUCAGACACCUCCACCCUAAAAGCCCAGGAAAUGGUGGCUCACCGUGCAUGCGCGAAAGCUCUGGGGCCUUCUACAUAGUUGCAGCACCCAUCUUGGGAAUUGCUGCAAUCCGUAAAAAAACGGAGGGAAGAAUGCUGCAAUAUCAAUGAUAACGGAGGAUUCCCCGAUGAAAAAAAAAAAAAAAAAAAAGUCAAAUCUAAAUAUGCUUAUAUUACAAAUACUGCAAUGCACGAGCCCUUUAUCCAAACAGGACAUCUGGAAACAUUCCCUUUUAGGGCUCCUGCAGAAAUAUAAUCCUACGGCUUAUUUUUAGCCAUCAGGGAAAACCAAAACAAAUGGGCCUGGAAUUAGAAAAAGUUCAAAGACUGCCUCCAGAAUCUCAGAAAAUCACGAUCUAAGGAACUGCUCAGAACCAAGAAUGGCUUCCCAGACUCCCCUAACAGAUUUGAUAAAUAAAAAGACUGGGCAGCUCAUAGAGGAGGGGGCUUAUAUUAGCGGUUAAUGGUUUGAUCAUUCCGGUUUCUUAAGCUGGGGAGGAGCUACCCAUAAGUGACGCAGCCAUUUUUAGCCAGGAAAUGUAUUGUAUCGCCACACCAGCGCCAAUAAAUCUUAAUUAUUUGUUUUAAAGAAUGUAUUUAAAUCUAUUCCAGUCACUGUCUUCCCCUGUGCACUGACACAUUUAAUGUGUGUUUAUAUGCAUGUGUCGAGAUAUUUAUAUAUAGGUAUCAGCCCUCGGAAAUGUUUUAGAGGCAAUAAUUAGAUUUUUUACUUGAUACCAUGUUCGGGUAAAUCUGUAUCAAUUCAAUUCUUUUGUUUGUAAAUUAAAACCCUAAAUAUGCUUCUCUCAAACCUAGUGUCCAGAGGGAGAUAGUAAAUGAAUGGUACAGAUGUCUCUAAAAUAAAAACCUUUUUUUUUUGUCAUGCUGUGUCAGUACUUCCUGUAAAUAGAUAUUUAAUGGAACACAAGUCCUGCUGCAGCUACUGAGAGCGGUGUUUUGUUACUCCGGACAAGGAGAAUGAAUGGUUUGCUACACGGCUAAUAAAAGGGAAUCUCGGAAUUCACUCAGAGGGUACUUCAAAUGGAAGAUCAAAAUAUUUGAACCAGAAAGAUUCUCUGAAGUCAGCUAUACUUCCAGUUUGCCAACUCUGGCCUAAAGUCUGUCCCUUUAGGAAAUAACACCUUAUGCCAGGGCCAGAGGGAAGAGAGAAUGUGAGAAUCUGCCGCUGAAAUACAUUUAUUAACAUUGCAAAAAUAAAACAAGAAACCAUGACAGAGGCUUGGCAAUACGGGACAAGGUGGGAUUUAAUCUAAGCUCAUGUCUUCUUCCUCCUCUUUCUUUUCCUUCGAGUCUCGCUCUUUCUGGGAAGAACUGCUCUGCAUGGCUUUUGCAAAAGCUUCAAUAUCUGAAAUGAACAGAACA